CGGAACUGUAGAGUCCAGGACGAGCCGGAGUGCACCGCCCGUCCUCGUUCACAAAUUGUACAUAGUUAUUUAUUUAUUCCGCUGAAUCUCCGUCUCCUCCUCCUCUAACUAUGACUCGCUGGAUUCCCACCAAAAAGGAGAAGUAUGGAGUCGGUAAGUUCUUGAAUCGUGUCUGCGUGUUUUAUUGACUCGCCGAGUAAACUUCCAGCAACUAUUCCAACUUUCGGGGAGAGGUGAGCGGAGCUGGGAAACACGACUUUUAGUGGUUUCUGUGUUGUUGUUGGAACAUGUCGGGUAUAAUUAGCUCGUGUAGGUUUCACAGAGUUUUAUUGAAGUCCAGAAAACUCCGUAUUUCCUCCCCUCGUUGUCAUAGAGACUGUCGGUAUUUGCUCGUAGUAUGAACCAAACUUGUAUAACUGUCCAGAUGAGGUGCUGAGGAAAAAAUGGGAAAAAGAGGCAGGAGUUCAAUGAGCAUACCAGUCAUUCUUAUGAUCAGUCUGACUGAACUGAGUGAAUUUAAGUGAGGUCUCAUUUUGGCUUAAAGCACCCCCUAAAGGACUCUCGUAGGGCCCCACAUGGGAGCCACAGCUGUGACUGAACUGUGUGCUGCAUUUGCAUACUCUUUUACACGUAUUUAAGCUUUCUUUUAAGGUUAUAAAUCCCCUUUUUUGUGUUCCUUAAAGGUGUGGCCCUGCCCCAUUUACAGUGCCCCAUUUUGCACACCACCACGCAGGCAUGUUCCUGCUAUCAGGUAGUUGUCCACACCCCCAAGGCAAAUCUGCACAGAGAGCUGACACUGUUAUAAAUUCCUCUCGGCUCAACUGUAAUGACUUUAUUGUUUGAUUUUACUGUCGGCUCAUAACAGGUUUGCUGGUCAUUGGUUACCUCUGUGACUCACUCCUCUUUAAAGCGACAGGCUCAGUUUCCUGGUGUGCAGCAGAUGUGCUACACCUGAAGAAAAGCCUGUACGUUAUGUUGGUGAAAACGCCCAGUGUGGAGUCUCUCUCUCUCUCUCUCUCUCUGAGCCCAGGACUGAAAAUACCUCAGCUUUGUGCUCUGACCUGGAUCUUUCAGCGACUUUAUCUCUGAUUUUGAAGAGCCAACUGCGUGCUCUGUUGACUAAUAACAUUUUUAACUCACAAAUUUGGGCGUGUGUGUUUGAAGCUCUCGGCAGCAUGUGCGCUCCCUCUCUCUUGAUUAUAUACGACCUUGUUUCAGCAGCUGAUGUUGAGGAAUGUUUUGUGUUAAUCCCUUUAGAUCCCAGUGUGGUGUUCAAAACUGUUUCCUUGUGCGAUGGUGUUGACGGUGUUAUUCUCCUGCCACUCGCCUCAGAAACAGGGCAGAAGUCACCCACACUGUACUUAAUCCUUAAAAUGCCAUCAGACCCUGUACAAGGUCUUACAUUUUUAAUCCGAUUAUCUUCCCAGGAUGUGCCCAAAUACAGGCAACUUCCUUUGGGGAUGGGAGAGGAGAUCACCAGGUCUCUGAUAGUAUCAGUAAUAUCAGUCUAGCUAACAAGGAACUGUGGGUAAUAUGAGGAUUAAGAUACCACAAUCUUUAAUGGUGAAUUUGUGGCUCCAUUAUAACAGGAUAGCUUCUUAAUUUUCACAUCCUGAAGAGACACAGUCCUCAGGAGACUUAUGAGCUUUGAAAUCAGCAGGUGAUGAAAAUGUGUGCUCCCUCAUGAGUUUAAUUCACAGCCUUUCUUUUCUUUUUUUAAUGAAUGCAUCCAUUAUUACGUUUCAGCCCAAAUCGAGUGAAUAAUUUUGAUUUAACUACUCGUAUUUAUGUUGGACCUCGCUGAUGUUGUCAGAUAGACUGAUUAAUCAGGCUAGUUUAUGGUGUGUUGACAAAAUUAGAGUCGGCUAAUGUGUGUGCUCACAAGCCCAAUAAAGAUAAUUAAAAACUAAAGAAAACAAAGCUUUAAUAAUGAUCUCAACGAAUGCUCCUACUUCUUAUUAUUUCAAUGUUGAUGCUGAAAGAAGUGUCCCAAAAGUGGGCUCUCUCUGUCUCUGUGAUGGUCAUCUGAUCAGCAAAUCUGGUUUCCUGGGUGACCAGCCCAUCCUUUUUAUGAUUGGUCAGCUGGAGCAGUCAACACUAACACCUUAUGGAAGGGGAUCAGUAAGGCUACAGGCCAGAGCAGCUGAUGACAGCACGCUAAAUUAAGUGUGAGUGCCCUGGAAAGAUGCUGGGUAAAGUGGGUUCUCUCUCUGUGUUCACAUGCUGCAGCUCUGCAAAAGCCAAACAGUCCCACUGUGAGCUAACUGUGGCUAACUAACACAACUCCUCCAACUCACAGUUUCUCUGCUAUGUGAGCAUGCUCAUUAACUACAAUGGGGUAUAGAUUAUUGUAGAAACCGGUAAUCAGCUCAUACAUUCUGCAGACACUGCAGGCAGCCUGUCAAACUGUGUAAAUGUCCCUCUGUACAAUAACACUCUUUUCCACAACCUUUAAAGGGAUAUUCCAGAAUAAAAUUAAUUUAAGGUCAAACACACCGCUACACUGAGUUAGACACCCCUGUGAGUAAUGAAUGUUGCUGACCACUUGUUAUACCAACUUUAGUAACGACCGCAGGAUAGCAAUACAGAGAGUUACACACUCAACCAAAACGCCACUCUACAGCCACAAAUAAUGCUCAGAACAGCACCUAACUUCAUCAACAGGACAUAUAGGGUCACAGACAUAGUACUAGACACCAAACAUCUUUUUAACUUUGACUCAUUUCUUUAGCAAAGAGACUAAACACAACUCACCUACUCUCUUCCAGCAGCAGUUCAUUUGUAGCGAGACCUCAGGCCAGUCCAUUACGGACUACAGCGGGGUGACGCAGCUCAAGGAAGAACAUUUAUGAUCAUUUCUUUAUCGUUUCCUUGAAGUAAAAAUCGUCAUUUUAAUCAUUUUGCUCUGCAGACGCGGUAGUUCUUCUGCCUUAGCGUCUCGGUCUGAUUGUAUUUCCAUGAAGAAAUGAUCAUAUUAUAGUGCCAUUGAAGAAACUGAAAACAAACAACAUCAGAAUUAUAAUUUGGUUAUCAGCUCACCCGCUCUCUAUCAGCUUGUUUAAGAAAACAUCAGUCAAACACAUACGUCUCUCCUGCAGAUGAUGUCCACGCCUGAUAAGAAUAACUCAGGGACUCAAAGGUUGAAUCAUCCUUUUUGUACACAUCAAAGUCUGUUUAUAGAUUUUGCUCCUGACCAUGUGAUAAAGAAGUUUCAUAAACAUGCAGCUCCAGAGGGAGCUGCGUAAUAUCUGAUAAAAGAUGUCACCUCUGAUAACAGCGGCUGGUGUGAAAUCACAAAUGAACAAAAAUCUUCAGAUGCUGAGGGGAAGGAACAAAAGUGAGUUAAACUGACCUUUCACCUGCUUUUCACUGAAACCUGAGCGAGCAGAGGUCACACAAACAAUAAGACAGAAAAUCUCAGAUGGAACUUGAGACAGCAAGGUUGCAUUGUGGGUAAUGCAAGUGGCCGUUUUGACCAGAAGUAGCAGUUGUUUCAUCAAGGUGAUAUUUGAAGUUGUGCUGCACCAGUUCGGAUCUUUUAGAGAAGAGCUCUGAGUCUGACGUUGUUAAAGAGUGAUCAGCUGUGAGCUCUUCAUAAACAGAGAUGCUUCAAUAACAGCUUUUUCCAUUUGAUACAGAGACUUAAGUACAGACUGACACUAAUGUGAUGCAAGAGCCAUCAAACAUUACUUUUCCAUUUGCAGUUAAUUGAUAAAUUUCACUCGCUCUGUGUGAUGAAUUGCAUUUUUUAAUCGCAUUUUUAAAGUGUUAUUUUUUAAUAGUUCAAGAUAUUUUUUAACACCAGUAUCAACAAUAUAAAGCAAUUCAAGCCAAUUAAGAAUCAAAUUAAAGUAAUGAAAUGUUCUUUAUUAUCUCGGCUGUCGGAUUGUUUUGUUCAGAGAAAUGCUGCACUAGUACACACCGGUGUGUUUUGGACCUAUGACCUGCUUAAUCUGCUUUGAAACACGAAGUUAAUCUUUACGUUUUAAAGCCAAGAACUGUGUGCACUUAUUAAGAGAGACGUUUGAUUUGUCAUUUUGGUGUUUGUACUCUUUAGGAGUUCCACUUCGAUACGUGAUAUUAUUGUUCCCUGCAAAAGUAAAUUAAAUCACAGCAGGUCAACUCAGACUGCACCUGUAUGCUUGGCUUGUGGAUGGUGUUAAAGUACAGUUAAAACCAGAGUUUACACUGAUACCAAUGCUCAAAAAAUCUGUUUAGUUCAUGCAAAUAGAGGAUACAAACUGACUACUUUAGUGUUUUUGGUUGUCUGAUUUUUGAUGAGCUUUUAAGAUUUGUAAUGCAGAUGCUCGUCUCCCCCGGGAAUCUUGUUUUACAAACUGCAAAUCUCUAAUCCUUUUCAGAGACUGUUCAAUAUUCCCACUUUACACUCAUUUUUAUUUAUUUGUGUUUCAUUAUAAUAAACCAGUAAGUCCAGCUGAGGGCUUGUUCAGUUUGGAGUAAUUUUACCCGCAUCUACAUUUCUGUGUUCAGGAUGCAGAGGACACAGAUGAACAUCAGCCUCUGACACUGAUGCGUUAUUAGUCAACAAGGCUGAUAUUUGCAGAUACAGAUGUCGGACGAACACGCGAGAGCGUCCCUGAGCACUUUGGUGCUCAUCAUUUAAUUCCAUUCAACACCAAAAACAUCCAUCUGGGAAAUUUUAAAGUGAACUGCGCCGUUCUGGAGUGCAGCAGCGGUGGAGUUACUUUCCAUCAAGGUUGCAGCUGGAGCUGAGGCUUAAUUAUGGUGCGCCUAAAGGGACAAAAAGGGCAUUUCAUUACGAAGAAACUGAUGCGUUUAUUUCAGACCUUAAUUGCAUCCUAAUCCUGAUUUACAUGUCGACGCUGACACUCUGACAUCCCUAAUAUUGAAAUAUAUAUACUGAUGCAGCAUUUUAUACAGUUACUGGUGCCACCCUAGAGUCUAGACUGACCCUGACCUGUUUGUUGUGAAGGAUUAUAAUCGUCUACACUUCUGCUUCUUCAUAUUUUCAAGUAUCUAACAUGCUAUUAAAACAACAGCACUUACUCUUGAAUGCUUAAUAUAAUGUUAAAUACAUAUUCAUAUCCACUUCAAACAUCUUUAAGCUUUUGGGCUUUUAAAAUAGUAAAUACACGCUUCUUUCUCUCCACCUGUAGUCAUCGUCGGGGUGUGUGACCACUAAGGGGUUUUCCUCCAUGACUCCAUCUGGGGUCUGUAUUUAGAGCAAUUUACAGGGAGGGUCAGAACACCAGGACCCCUCAAUCCCCAAAAGAAAACAAGACACACUAUCCUCCGUGGGAGCACUGAAAACAGAGGGGCAGGGCCAGGUGGAGGAGGGUGGGGGGGUUCAGUGCAGGAGUUAGGAUGGUGCCUCUGUGUUGUGAGAAGGAAGUCCUUAUUAGGAAGAUUUUCCACAAAUAGUUUCUUUAAAAAUGUCUUUUUCUUUUUCUUUUCAGUCCAUGAAUUUUAAAUAAGCAAAUAUUAAUUUUAAAAAGUAAACGGCUGAAGGCACAAAGAGGAAAAACACUCCAACUGUACGUACAGUGGAGGCAUCAGGUGUUGAGGAGACUCUCUGUCUAACAGCUCAUGAAUCAUGGUCACAUUUCCCUCCAUCAUCAGCUGAAUGUGGAGUUUUUACUCUAAACUCUGCACAGUUUUUCUGCUUUGAUUAUUUAUGAAUCUGUAUAAUUACUACAUUUACACCAGUUUACACCUCCUAACUCUCUCUCCAUAAAUCAUAAUAAUGUUACGGCAGUGAGUGGACUGUCUUACAGUUGUAGCUCUAUUGUGUCCUGUUCAGGGAACUACAGUCGUAAAAAGCCGGUACACUGCAGUCAUCUUAAAAGAACUUCCUCUUCUCAAAAUUGUGCAAUAAAUUGCGAUUAAGUUUCCCACAAGAGGGCGGAGAACGGGUUGUUGGCAUUGCAGGUGUUUUGAGCUGCAUGUGUGCCUUAAAGCUCUCACAGGCUUUAAUUUCUCUUAAUGACUUAAAGAAGUAACUCAGACCACUGGGAGCAAGAUCGGCUGUUCCUGUAUACUGAAGGUUUUAAUGCCUGCAGACUCUGUGAGGGGGUAGGAGUCGAAUCAUCAGACUGACAGCAUGCUGUAGAAAAGCCUUUUUAGCUCUGUCCAAGGUAAAUAUUCAAAGUGAGUGAUGCAUUUAGCUGCUGAAAGAAAGCGAGGUGAGAUUUUUCCUCUUAUACCGGAAAAAAGAAAGCAUCAGUGAAGAGAUAAGAGGCCUCCUUUUGUUUACAGGAGGUGCCAAAGUGGAAGUUCUUCACAGGAGAAGUUUUUUUGAGCUGCAGCCUCCUUAGAUUAUAAUCAGCUAAUCUGUGUGUCACCAUCUUGCACCGUCAAACCUUAUUGCCUGCGGUGAUGUACAUGUUGACCUCGUCUGACUUGUUAUGAACUGACCGGACGGCUCAGCGGGACGAACCUGAAGGUAGAAGACAUCUGUGCUUUUCCUCUCUCUGAUAAGGCCGUAGUAAUUUUCUGUCUGUUAAAUGUUGCAGCAGGGUCUUUAACCACACUUAAAAGAUGAACCCUCUCUGGACUUAAUUCUAUCCCUUUUUCUACUAUUAGCUUUGAACUUGAGAAUUAAGUUUUUGAUUUAUGGGUAACCUAUGAGGACUUCUUCGCUGGAGCACCGUUUAAGAGCUGCAGAUCGUUUCUGGCUGUCUAGACAGCGGCAGACGAGAGGCAGAGGACUCCUCUGCUUUUGAAACGUCGUGCCUGAGGAGAGUUGGCUCCGAAACAGACAUUAAUAGACCUGCUUUUACCUAAUGAGACACUGUACCUUUCCCUGCAUUAGAAGCUCUUAUAAAUAUGCUCCGAUUCAAGUUUCAGGAGAGAUCUCACAUAAUACGUCAGUGAAUUAUAUCCAGCUGAAGACCUUUACAAAUUCAUUACAUCAUUUUUUCUUAAUGGAAAACUUUGCUUUUAGUGUCGUUUUUACUCACAGGCUCUUCAGUUCGAGUGAAAGUGUCUGAUUCGGUUUAACAAGAACCUCGGCGUCUGCCUCACAUAUUACUGUCUUCUCUAUUAUUUCAUUUCUUUCAUGUUGGAGGUAGAAAGUUAUCAAAAUGAAUCCACUGAACCAGGCCGUCUGCAUCAGUUUAUUAUCAGGGGUUUGGUGGCUCCGCUCCUGCGUCUUGCAUCACUUUUGCAUGUGAGAGUUUGUUAAAUCUAUUUCGAAGUUAUAAGCGCUGUGUUUAUGUUUGCCUCCUCAGCCCCUCACUGAUGAGCGCAUUAGAUUCACAUUUAAUGGCGUUAAGUUUGACGAGCUGCCAGCGGCUGCAGGAACUACCCAGCCGUGGUGGUCUUUAAUUGUUGGCUAAUCCAGCUCCAUUAUAAAUCAUUUAAAGUGAAUAAAGGCUGACUUUGAUUUAGAAUUAGUAUGCGCAUUAACGCGAACCUGCACGGAGAGACAAAGGCCUUUCUUAAAUGUGCUACAGCAGCUCUGCGAUGAGAGCUCCGGUUAGUUUAAGGGUUGUGAAGAUAUUGUGUCUGAGUUGUGUUGCCUUUAGUUCGGACAGUGUGGCAUCACAACACGCUCAACUGGGUCCCUGCCUUUGGAAAAUCGCCCCGCGGUUGCCGGGCCUGCACGCUGUGACAAGUUGGUGAAUGGACUAUUGUCAGUCUCAGCACGUCCCGAGGUCGAUGUCAUUUCUUUGGUGCAUGUUUGAUUCGAUAUUGUCGUGGCUGCUUCCUGGAUGAUGUUUGAAUGCACUCUGAGGCCUCUCAUGAAAUUUCUCUGUGACAUAUCCUACAAACGGAUAUUUUCUCAGGGAUGAUGUAACACUCCUACACUGAUGACUUUUCCUUCACGUGUGACGACAAACAAAAAUAUGAGAAGACGUAGGAGGAGAGAGAGAUAACACGCACCAGAUCUUGUCAGCGCCAGAAAUAGAUCCUGUGACCAGUGUGACGAGGAUUAAAGCCUCUGUAGGUGAUUUCUUCCACCCAGCGGGCAAUAAUUAGAGAGCAGGCUGGUUUAAGGCUGAUGUCUGUUUGAUAAAAUAAACAACUUGAAUUAAGAUUUUGUUAUUACUGGCCUUGGUGGUUUUAGCUCAGUUAGUCAUUGCCAAAGGGGGACUUUGGGGUUUCUGUGGGUAUAAAAACGGAGUAAACAACAGGGUAGAUGCACGGGGUAGGAAUGACUCGCAGCCCCACGGUAUGAUUUUAAUCACGAUACUUGGGUCAUGAUAUGCUAUUAUCAUGAUAUUUGGGCCACGAUAAGAUACUAUAAUGAUACUUGGGCCACAAUAUGAUAUUAUCAUGAUACUUGGGGCCAUAAUACAAAAUUAUCAUGAUACCUGGGGCCACGAUACUUGGGCCACAAUAUGAUAUUAUUACGAUAGUUGGGCCACAAUAUGAUAUAAUGAUACUUGGGCCAGGAUGCGAUUUAUUGCGAUUCUAACAUUUUGCAAUACAUUGAGUAUUGCGAUACAAUGUAUUGCAAUUUAUACAAAAUCUUUUAACUGUUUAGAUAAUUUAGCAUUUGUCUCUCCUUUACGUGUGUCUUAUUUAUGCUGCAUUUCUUGUGUUGACUGUCUCCUACUCUAACCAACCUCACUGGACAACCAGUUGAUUUUAUUUUUCCAUUAUCAUAGAUUUGACUUUAUAAUAGCAAUUAAUUUGAAAAAUCAAUACUUGGUAAAUGAGACGAUACAAUAUAUCACCAGACAAAAUAUCGUGAUAUUAUGCUGUAUCGAUUUUUUUCUCCUACUCCUAGUAAAUACUUGAGGGGGAAAGUCAUAACAGUCAUGCACAUUAAAGCUCCUUCGAGGAACUUUUGGCCAAAUCUGGUCUGUGUCAGAUUUGGCGCCCCCUUGUGUUGACAGGCUGCAGUAGUGUGAAUGUCUGAUGUCAAAAAUGUAAAAAUAGGGCUUUUCCAUCAGUGGUUCUUAAAUCUGUUGCACAAACUGAUGAAUUUGUCUUUUAUUUAUUUAUUUAUCUUAGACAUGUCACUGGCUUGCGUAAUGACGUGUAUAAUUACAUUUUAAUGUGCAUAGAAAACUGGAGUUAUAGAUGAGUGUCUUUGUGUCCCGCCCAGCUGAUAGUUUCCUUUUUAGAGUCCUAUCACUGUAACUCAACGCUGAUUCAGAACCAGGCAAUUCAGGCCACAACAAUCACAGAGAAAGUAUGCAAAAUCCUGCCGGGACUCUUCACACAUUUGGAUUGAAAGAGACUGGGAAAGUAUUUUGCUGCUGCUGCAGAGCUUCUGAACCCACGUUGGUUUGGCUCAGCUAUUUGCUUUUUCCUUCUGAUGCCCAGACUUCACAGGAAGGCGUCAUUUACAUAAACCUGCGCAGGUAAAUUUCCGACAACAUUAGCCAGCAUGAGACCGACCUAAUAUUGAAAGAGCCCAAGGGCUGUUAUACAAACACUGUCCAAGAAUAAAAACAGAUUCCCUGUGGUGAUGUUUUGUCUGGGCAAAUGUUUUCUUACGGAGAGCUGGAAGAAUCUAUCAGUGAGGAGGAAGUCAUGGAGAGAGAAGGGUAGUCACAUUCAGUCAAGUCAAGUUUUUGGUAUUCAGACUGAGGUGCGAUAAGCUGAGCCAGUUGAAGCGUGCUGUGAAAUCUAGCCUCCAGCAACAAGCAUUAUCACCAUGCAAGUCAGGGCAGAGCCCUGCUCAUAGUUCCUCUAUUUCCCUAAGAGAAUGAGUGGCUGCGCUCUGCUGCAGCUCCCUCAAGUCAUGACAAAGACCUCUGCUACAGUAUUGUUUGCCAAGGUUUCUCUUUUGGAAUGACUGCCUGCCUCUCUAUGUGUGUGUGUGUGUGUGUGUGUGUACACGCAUGUGUGUGUACUCUUGUGGGAUUCCUCCCAUACGUGUCCUGGUUUGAGAGUUGCGAAGAACAGACAGGAGUCUCCUCCAGGAAAGCUGUUAGGUUAAUAAACUGAGUGAAGGCAGGGCCAGACCUCGCAGGUGAGCCAGCUGGCAGGAAAGAAACCCUGCAGAGUGUAACCACUGACCAAAGACCACGGUGGUGAGAUAAUAUCUGAAAAAUAGAGGGCGAGACGCCACCCUCUUCUGAGCUCUGCUGCCGACUUCUGACACUGCAGCGGUACAGUCCCAUUUACUGCGGCGUUAAACACGGCCGCGGGGUAUUUGUUUCAAUUAGGAAUCGUCAAAAUGCACUAAAGGUUUGAGUCACACUGUUCUGCUGCACAAACACACCGCCUGCCGUUCGAAGGGAUGAGGAAUAAAUCAAAGAUCAAGCUCCUCAAUGCUUGCGGGUCCAAGUUCAGGGACAUGGGGGGUGAUUUGGUUUCCUUUUUCUAGCCUCUGAUCCAGAGCUUUCUUAAAAACAGGCCUGCUCCUGCGUGCAGAGAGUGAUUUGAAAAGGGAUUCGGGGUUUUACUUAAUCCACUGGCCCUGGUGGAGGGAAAAAACUCCUCGGUCAAACUGUGCGCAGAAAUCUUCUCUUUGUGUUCGGCUUUUGAUGAAUUUUGAGCGAGCCUUACUCCUAAUGAGGUGUCCUCUGUUUUAUCUUCCAGCGAUCUACAAUUAUGAUCCAAGCGGAGAGCAGGAGCUGUGUCUGCAGGUGGGGGACACGGUGCACAUACUUGAGAAAUUGGAAGGUGAGCGAGCUUGAACGCACGACAGGCCUCGACACGUCUCUCUAUUCCGUCUCCAGAGCAAGCUUGCACAGGCUCUUAAAUGAAACUCUGAACUAGGCUGCACUCAAUAAGCUAUGCAUAAUCAUGUAAAUGAGUCCACCACAUUGUCCUCCUGACAGGCUGGACUGUCAUCGCUCCUGUCUUGUCCACUGCCUCUCCCUCUCUCUCUCUCUCUAACACGUUCCUCUUUUGAUUUCUCUUUCCUCAGGCUGGUACAGGGGCUACACGCUCCGUAAGAAAUCGCACAAGGUAAGGGCAUCAUCAGCGUUUUCUCUUCUUCUUUUAACUAAAGCUGUGAUGUAUUUACGCUAAUAGUGCCUCAUUGCUUCCUUAGGGCAUUUUCCCGGCAUCCUACAUCCACUUAAAGGAGGCUUCAGUGGAGGGAACAGGGUGAGAGCACGUAUCAGUAAACAGAACAUUGUGAUGAUUGCCCAUUUUGCUUUUAGUGCUCCAAAAACAUUUUCCAAUAGCUUAUCAGAGCGCUUGUAAUUAGCACAAGUGAGGAUUCAGUAGAGCUUGGCUUUGUAGGGAAUCCGUCCAACUCUUCAUCUCGUAUAAAACUGCUCUUGAGCCUUUUUUUCAAUGAUGUGACAUGACCAGUGAGUGAUGGGCCACUUCCCCAGUAUCUUAUUAUUGUCUUCUUGUGGCUGGUAGCCAGCAGGAAAUAAUUAUUCCGGCAGAUUUACCCCUGGUGCAGGAGCUGGGGGCGACUCUGAGGGAAUGGGCACAGAUAUGGCAAAAGCUCUACGUGGUGAGUAUGAAUUGUGUGUCGUUCUUAUCGGCCUCUUUGUCUGGAGUACACGCAGUACUGUCCUUUUGAUUCACGGCACUUUGAGGUCUUUCUGACCGCUUCGCUACUCCCAAAGAUUUGUUGUAACAAGUGUUUAUCUGACAGGCGAACAAGACGACCCAGUUCAGGAGUGUUCAGCAGAUGGCCUACAGCCUCAUCGAGUAUCGAUCUCAGAUAGUGUCGGGAACGCUGCCGAAGGAUGACCUUGUGGAGCUCAAAAAGAAAGUCACAGCCAAGAUUGAUUACGGGAACAGGUGCGAUUUCCUCCGCUUUAUUGUGUCGCAUUAACUCCCAUGAAGUUUUAUUUUUAAGUGAUCAUCUGUGCCGCGCAGGAUUCUUGGGCUCGACCUGGUGGUCCGUGAUGAAGCAGGAAACACGCUGGACCCCGAUCACACCAGUACGGUCAGUCUGUUCCGGGCUCAUGAAACCGCCUCCCGCAGCGUGGAUGACAGGAUACAAGAGGAGAAGGCACGGUCCAAAGUUUCCCCUCCUUUAGUCACAUUUUUGCGAAUAUUUGUCAUGAACUCAGGCUGGUGUUUUUAAAAUGAAAGCAGUGCUGUGAGGUGGCUUCAAAAGACCAGAACCGUGUUAGCCUCCAGCUCACAGCACCUUUCACAAUGAAGUGUCAUUACAGUAUGACACACUGUCGAUUAGUGCUUUGUUUCUGCAUGUCAGCUUUGGUGUCAAAGUACAAAGUGGAUUAAACCAGAGUCAGAAAAAUCGGCCCUGAGUGAUCGUAAAAUAAUAAUAAAGUCACUUUUCGACAAAAUGAAAAAUGAUCAGCUGCAGCCAAAUGUCUCUUUUCUCUAUCUGAGACUUAUUAUUCCCCCUGAUUGAAUAAAUUGUUGUAUCAUUGCAGACUCAACUGCACUGAUUGAGUUUUCCUCCACAGACUGUAAUUACAACUCUAGAAAAUCAUUCAAAACUUUAAUUUCAUCAGGAGUUCAAAAGCGUCAUUAAAUCACGCUGAUAGUUACUGAUGGCGGUCUUUUCCUUUUAGACGCGGCUCCAGAACCUGGAGAUGAGGCGGCAGACUCUGUUCAACACGGUCCACACCUACAGUCUCCUCAUGAACCUGAAAAACUUUGUGUGUAACAUCGGAGAAGACGCCGAGCUGCUCAUGUCCCUGUACGACCCUGACCAGUCCGAGUUCAUCAGGUUUGCUCCUCUCUCUCUUUUGUUUGGACUUCAGUCAUCAAGGAUCAGCUCGAGUUAUUUGUCACUUUGGGGCGGAAACUUGACGAGAUUAUUUGUGAAGGUCAUGAUGUGAUGGCUUCUCCCGUGUUUUUCUGAACCGUUAAACUCAGAAAACAGAAGGUGUUCAUACUGUGAGGGGACAAAAGGAGCAGAAGAGCUGCUCAGUUUUUGUUUCUGAGACAAAAAAAACACAAUUAAAAAAAUGAAAUCUGCAACUUUCCCUCCAAGAAACAGUCUAUUAAAUUAAAACACCUUUACUUCACAUGGAGAGUGCCCCGAAACAGCCAAAGGGCUUCAGAAAAGAAAGAUUCAUCCACAGAUACAGAUUUGUGAUUCAGUCCAAACCGUCUACCUGUUUUCUGAGCUUUUUGGACAAUAUAAAAGUCUAACUGUGAUUUUUAUUCAAAUUCUUGCAGUGAGAACUUCCUGGUGCGCUGGGACAGUAUGGGGAUGCCUAAAGAACUUGAAAAGAUCAACAACUUGCCGGCACUUUUCACAGUGAGUGAAUCCCGGCCCUCCGGCUGUAUUCCCACCGCUUCGGAUUUGAACAAUCCAAACGCCGCCUGAAGUCUGUGACAAAGGAGACAAUUUGCUCCUAAUUUACUGAGGAUUUCUCUGAAUGGCUCACAUUCACACCGGGUCUUUGGAAAUCUGAAUACAUUUGCUCACAUUAAUUUCCAGCUGUUUAUGCUGAAAAGGCAGACCGCGGUUCUCCAGAGACACGCCGGUGUGUUCACCUGCGGAUGACCUGCAUGUUUGCCGAUAGGAGCUGGUGGUUUGGGGUUUUCUAACAGCUCAUUCAUCCGAGUAAAGAGCUGAAAACACGAAAGACUAAUCCGAUCUGCAGAAGAUACAGAAAAUACAAACUUUGAGUUGUAUAUUUGAGGUUUUUCUGGAUGUAUUUCUGCUGUAAUUCCUGCCGUGUAUCCCAUGAUAAAUGAUGUUUGUUCUGCCCAGGACCUAAGCAGCAGCGACUUGAUGAGGCAGCGGCUCUUCCUGGUGUGUCAGAUCAUCAGAGUGGGCAGCAUGGAGCUCAAAGAGGGCAAGAAACAAACCGGAGGGCUGAGGAGACCGUUCGGCGUGGCUGGUAAGCUGUUUUUCCCAAACAUUCCCGAUAUUUUCAAGAUUUGUUGUGAAUCCAUCAUGGAAAAUGCCACUUCUUUGUGGCUGCACAAAACAGUUCCGUCAAAGUGUAAAAAAAUGAAGGAUCCAUGUGCCGAAUGAAAUGGGAACACCUGCUUCCUGACCUAGAAAAUGCCUCCAUCCCGCCUUGGCAAAGGAGCCAGUGGAAAUUGGUUUAGCACUCGUCUUUUUGUUUUGGCCAGAUGAUUAGUGGAUUUGAUGAGAAAUGCCUUCGUCUAUGGUUCCAGCAAAUGGAGUGAAACCAGAGACAGAAAGAAAUAACAUUAUUCUUAGCCAGGAGAAAGAAAAACACUUUGGAGAAAGAGCCGGGUGGAAUGAACAUUUCAGAGGCAUUUGCAAGCUGGAGAUCAAGAGCCCUCAAUCUGUUUUAGUUGGCUGGCUGUCUGCCGCGCACGGCAACAGGUGAGCCCGAUCCGACAUCCGGAUCAGCUUUUUGUUUCAAAGUGGAAAAUGUUAGUUUGCACAGUUACAGUGAGCAGAUUCACUUUCAGAACAAUCAAACAGGGGAAAAUACGGCAUCAGGGAAUGGGUUUACCCGCUUUGACAGUCUGCUGCCUUUCAGUGAUGUUGCCUUCGUUUUUUGCAGUGAUGGACAUUACAGAUAUUGCUCACGGCAAAAUAGACGACGAGGACAAACAGCAUUUCAUCCCUUUUCAGCAGUGAGUAAAUUGUUUUUUUUCACUCUUCUACAUAGCUAACAGGCUCAUCCUUUUGUUUUUUGUAGCUCUGCACAGUUCAGCAGAAAUAAUGGAAAUAGUCAGAGUUCUAUUUGCUUACUGUGUUCCAUCAAGUCUUUUUCUACCGUGCAGCUCAUUUUUCUCCUGUGUUGCAUUUCAAGGACAAAUACAAAAAAACUUUUUGCCAUCCGAAUGUUAGCUCUUUCCAAAGGCACGCUUCAAGGCCACCUUUUCACAGCACCUGCAAGAUGGGCGGAUGAGGCAAUGGUGCGUUCACAGACAUCCUAGAUGGAGGUGCACCAAAAAUAUCUUGACUGAUUCUUGACAUCUAAACCAAAUUUUCCCGAGGUUUAACCUCCGUUUGUCUCCUCUAAGUGUGUCACAGUUCACUGUGUCUUGUUAAAGAGCUACAGAGAAAAAAAAAACAUGUUUUUGAGGGAUUGAAUAGAUAACUUUAAAAAAUUGGAGGGUUUUUGAAAUAAUGAAUGUUGACUUAAUGACUGUCUUUUGCAUGUCUUUUCUGGAGGGGGAUAUGCUAAUCCAGAUUUAAGCAGAGCUUGUGUUUCCCUCAAAAGUGAUGUCUCCUCAUUAAAAAGUGAAGAAAAGCUUCCUGGACAUGUCAUUUUCUUGCUUCUUAAAAACGCAUCUUCUCUAAGAGGGAUUUUGACAUAAGAAAAGAUGUUAAGUGUUUGUGUUUUACUAACAAUCAGGGGUUUAGUCUGCUGUUUUAGCCAUGAAGUGGACAUUUAGAGAUGAAUCAUAAAAAGGUCAGACUAGGCUGAAUCAUUCGUGAACGAUUUAAAAACAAAUCCAGACUUUGAAAUUAUAGAUCAGCCCUCUCUCUGAUUAAAUCUCACAGCAGCCUCCUGACUGUAAAAACCGAUAGGAAACAUAAACACUAAUGCGACACGACACUGUAAUAACUCGUAUGUGUUGUAAUAUUUUGGCACAAAUCAGGAGCCAUUACUGGAACACUCCGGCUGGUUAGGUAUUCGCUGGUAGAGGCAGGCUGUAAUCGAGCGUUGGCCAUUACAGGAAGGGAAACAAAAUUCAUUGAUUUUUAUUGGCUGUCUAUUGAUGGACCUUUUUGUCCUUCCCUGAACUGAGCUGAAGCGUCUGAACACAAUAACUGAGUCUGUGUGGUGAAUGUGGAGAGACACCUUAUUAUUUCUUAAUUCAAAUCUCUGAAAGGUCUGAUUAUGAUCUUAUUAAAGGUGAUCUGCAGUGACGUGUCCAAAGAGGUGGCCUGAGGGGCAACAGCUCGCUUUUAAACCUGACUGGCCACUCCGAAAUCCUUCACUGUAAUUGGCUUUCAAUGAACAUAUUGUAUCGCUUUUGAACCUUAAAGGGAUAUUCUAGCGUAAAUUUAAGUUUUGGUCAAACACACCACAAUACCGAGUUAGACAACCCUCGAGAGAUGAACGUUGUCGACUGCUCACCUAUCCAGUUAUACCAACUUUAGUAACGACCGCACGAUAGCAAAACACAGCGGUCUACGUCUCCACACGCAAACCUCAACCAGAACGCCACUCUAUAGCCACAAAUAACGCUCAGAACAGCACCUAACUUCAUCAACAGGACAUAAAGGGUCACAGUCAUAGUACUAGACACCAAACAUCUUUUUAGCUGUGCCCCAUUUCUUCCCCAACUCACCCACUCUCUUCCAGCAGCCGCUUGUUUGUGGGGGGAGCCCUGACGAGUCGAUCACUGAGUGCAGCGGGGUUUCGCAGCUCAAGGAAGAACAUUUAUGAUCAUUUCUUCAUGGAAAUGCAAUCAGACCGAGACGCUAAGGCAGAAAAACUUGUGCGUCCACAGUGCAAAAUAAUUAUAAUUAUGAUUAUUACUUCAUGGAAAUGAUACGCUGCAUCAGGGGGGGGUCUAACUCUGUGUGACGGUGUGUUUGACCCCAAGUUAAUUUUAUGUCAAAAUAUCCCUUUAAUGUCUGAUGCUAACGUUAGCUGUGUUCUGGUGUUAGCUUAAGAGCAGUUACAUGUGUUUUCAUCUGAGCCGGUCUCUCCUAAUCGUCUGAGUGUCGUCUGUGUGGCUGUUAGUCAAACAACUGUUCGUCCGAAUAUUAAUGUUUUUACGACUUAUGACCUGGUUGCCGUUCAUUAACUCUAAAGUACAACAUGAUAAAGUUUGUACUUGCGUUUCAAACCAGCUUUGAUGUCGCUGCAGUUCACGACCUGAUUGAUAAAUUCACACAGAGAAAAUCGGCGCUAAUUAACUGUAUAAUAACAGAGACAUUUAUCACCAUACAGGCUGUUGAGAGUGAUCGUCUGCAGCAUAUCCUCUCUCUAGUUUCUGUAUUGCGCUCACGGUGAAAAAUAACUAUUAUAAUAAAUGAGAAUAUACUGUGAAGACUACAGCAGCUUUAGAGACUCUGCAGUGUUAAAAUAUUUCUGUACAGAGUUUGUAUUUUUAAACAGAUGUGAAAAGAUGCAUAAGGAUCAUUUCACAUUCACAAAAGAAGCUAAAACUGUGUGUGUAAUAUUGGUGUGCUGGGGUUUGAUUUCACAGCAGUGCACAGCAGGAGCUCCCUAAACACACACUACAUGCACACACACUGACUGAUACUGCACAUCCUAUAAUGUGCACAAUACAAUUGAGAUGAUCAAACUUUAUAUCACACAUGCUCCUGCCAUAUCAACCUAAGUCAGAGCACCAUUCAGGCUGCUCCAGUCCAAAAGUCUGCAGACAGUUUUCAGUUGUAUUAAAAUAUUUAGCUCGAUUCCACUAAACGGGAUCCUUUCUUCAACAGCGGCGCGCUAAAGACACUCGAACAGCCCAGAUUGGGUUUGUAAUUGUACUUCCUCUCUCUGGUAAGCUGAGGGUGCUGAAAUAAUCUUUGGAAAUGCUGAAAUCUUGUGUUUAUAAAUAGUUAAAGGCAUGUAGGUAGUGUUCCUGCGCUUGGCUCCAUUUUGUGGCACCGGCUCUUUUCCCCUCGGGUGGGUGUGGUUUUUAGAGUAUGAUGCGUUGUUGCACUCAGUCCCCUUUUAGCGCGCUAAAGCCUCCAUCCUCAUGUCUUCCUGCUGUAUAAAAGUCUUCUCUCUCCAGGAGGAUUUUUUCAUCGAUACUCAGAGAGCGGGAGAGAAAAAAACACGCCUGAGAUUUUCCCGGAAACCGAAUGGAAAACAUGAUCGAAACAAAAAAAGUUGACGUCUGUACAGUGUUAGAGUUUGAACAUUAAGAUGUGUCAAGAUGAUACUGGCAAAUGUAAGCAUGUAGACUAUAUUUAACACUUAAUUAGCAUCAGUAUAUUAGCAGACAUUAGCAUUUAACUUGGCGUGCCUGCAGGCUGGAUCAACUCAAAACACCCAUCCUUGUGCAGUGUCUGGUACUUGAUAUAAAAGCAGGAAGGUCUUUUGUAGUCUUUGGAGACCAUGAACAAGGAUUUGAAGAUUUAUAAAAGUAUCCUGGGUCUUUAUGAAGCUCUGUUUAGUUUUAGCACUCCAUGUUACCUUUCUCUGUCGGAGCCAAUGGAGGUAAGCGAGGUGUUUGGAGGGAUAAUGGCGCAUCUUGUCAAGAGAUCGAGAACACCUCACAGCGCCUCUGCAGCUCCUCUGUCCAUUUGUUUGUCACCUGUCAGAGAUGCUGGCAGCUGAUUUUUCUUCGACUCACUCUGAUGCUUCUCUCCCAGGAUAGCUAUGGAAACCUACAUCCGUCAGAGGCAGCUCAUCAUGUCUCCGCUCAUCCCCUCUAGAGUCAUAGGAGAGAAUGAGCCGCUCACCGCCGUCUUCAACAAAGUGAUUGCCACGCGGGAGGUCAAUCACAAAGGCCAGGGUAAAAUGAAGUGCGCACAGACACUGUGUUCCCCUGUGAUUUCCCAGGGUCACUCUAAAUUGAACCUUAUGUUUUGAACGGAAUAAAUGAAGUGUGAGGGGUCUUUGAGGUGUGUGCUUUUGGUGUCUGCCUCAUUGAAUUUCUUUACAUGUUUGCUGGCAGGGCUGUUUGUGACCCUGAAGCUCCUCCCGGGGGAUCUGGCCCAGGUGAGGAAGGACUACCCCCACUUUGUGGACCGCAGCACGGCCAUCGUCAGGAAAAUGGGCUUUCCAGAAAUCAUCCUCCCAGGUGGAUUGAAGUCUUUGUUGCUGGGCUUUGCUCUACAUAUGCCAUGGUCAUGUUCAUUUUAAUUGCUUACAAAGCCGUGAGGAGGGUGCAUAAAAUCUUGGCACAUCCACCUGAUCCUCUGUUAUCCUUUCUCCAGGAAACGUCAGGAAUGAUAUUUACGUAACCUUGCUGCAGGGAGAGUUUGACCGCGGCAAAAAGAAGACCCCGAAAAAUGUAGAGGUUAUCCUGAGCGUGCACGAUAAAGAAGGCAAUCCGAUGGAGGUAAAGAAGGACCGGUGUUAAUUUUUCAUAAUUAAGCUUCUAUGAAUAAUUUGCUGCCAUCUUCUCAUAAUUAAUUUGUAUUCUGUUGUUAAUAUUUUACUUUUCAGCUGGAUGGUCUGUCCACCAGUUUCCUGCAGGGAUCCUUUGACUUGUCCUUUGGUUUUCCUGUGAUGUUGAUGACAUUUGUGAUUUAUUGGUUAAAUAACUUCCCAGCUGUUGGAUAAAUUACAUUAAACUCAGGGAACUGAUUUCUGCCUCUUUGAAAUGUGAUUUUCUCAAUUUUUCUUCCACAUUUGUUUAUGGCGCCAUACCUGCAAAGACUCCCAGAGUGUCACUUGCAAACAUGCUGUACGGUAAAGUCAGUAUGCACGUGUUACGAAGCUGAAAACGUGUGCAUUUGCAUCUUAAUGCUGUUAGAAAACUAGUUUAUCCUGCAUUCCUGCCAUUGUAAGCAAAUAUUCAUAAUUAACUGCUGUCGUGUUGUCAAGCUUGUUUGUUACGGGGUCGUCCGUGGCAUCAAGGAUUUUAUCUUCUCUGGCAUUUGAAGAGAUCGGCGAGGGCCUUUCUUUGAAGCUCAGUUUCCAAAGAAACAAAGAGAAGAGCUGCUUUUUUCUGAAUGCUGUUUGAAUAUCAAAAACUUGUUAACCCUGACGGUGAGCAUAUCAAAGCCUGAAGGGAAAAAAGAAAAUUGUAGUAGCUGUAAAACUGAGCUCGUAGAUUUAAAGGUGAUGAACAUUAGCACUCUGAGGUUAAGGUAUUGACCAAAGAAAGCCUCCAUUAUGCACUUGACAUUCACUAAAACAUUUUGAGCACCAGAAAACAUUUGUGAAAUUCUCUUAAUGCUCCAACACAAAGGUUUAAGUCUGCUAAGGAGGAAAAUGGGAACAUUUCUGCGGCGUGUUUGGCACUUCGUCCACCAGAGUAAACACAUACAGGUGCUUCUCAGUUCAACAGAGUGAGAGUGAGUGAGCAUUUCCCAGGAUCAGUCAAAAACAGGAUUUAAGAUCGAAAUUGUCCAUCUUGUGUCAAGUAGGUUCCUCUUCAGGCUUCAGGUCAGGUGAGUAAGCCAGGCGAUCGAGCACAGUGAUCAGUCUGCAGGUGUGCUCAACGGUUUGUUGGUAGUUUUGGCACUGCAGGCAGGUGCAGAGUUCUGCUGGAAAAACCAUGAAGGUCCUCUGUUAGACUUUAAUCUGCUUUGACUGGACUUGAUAAAACACAGCAGACCAACAGCAGCAGAUGACAUGGAUGAUUUCAAGCUCCUCUGAUUUCCACAUAAAACUAAAAAACUGACUUUCAUCUGAAAACAGGACUUUAAUCUUGAGCUGAGGUGAGACACUUCUGAUGUCGUCUCUGGUUCAGGAGUGGUUUGAUGUUGGUAAUAUUGAAGACACCUGUUGUGAAGCUCUUCAAUGUUCUUAGAUCCACUUUUCUUGACAAGCCGAACCUUUGAACAUGUUCAAUUUUCACUUCUCUUCGAUAUUUUUGCCCGUGGAUUAGCAAAGUUAUAUUGUCCCUGUUGCAUCUUCUGAUCUCUUCCCUUUGUGUCUAUAGAAAGCUAUAUUUCCUGGGGCCGGUUAUGAUGGCAUCACAGAGUACAAGUCUGUCAUCUACUACCAGGUGAAGCAGCCGUGUUGGAAUGAGACGGUCAAGGUAAGCUUAAUGUCAACAGUCACAUGUGCAGCUCUGCGUCCAAGGAAGAGAUAUCCGUUAUGUUCUUUAAUUAGUGUUUCAAAUGGAUUUACUUAAGCUGUAGACAAUGAAGUAAUCUCCUAUAUAGAAUAUUGUCCCAGGAUGUCCUAUUCAUACAAAUCCCCCGCAGAUAGCGUCCUUUCUAUAUGUAUAAUCUUGUAUUCACAGUCUGACUUCUCUCUCCUUCCCGCAAGGUGACAAUCCCCAUCGAAGACGUCUGCCGCUGUCACCUGAGGGUGAUGUUUCGUCACAGAUCUUCCCAGGACUGUGAGUGACUGUGCCUUAUUUGUAUGACAAACAACGGCAACGUAAUCCCACUACCGCGUUAAAUGCUAAACACGCUCCUUUGUCUCCUUCAGCUCGGGACAAAUCGGAGAAGCCCUUCGGUAUGGCCUUCGUCCCGCUCAUGAGGGCAGACGGGACCACGCUGAAAGACGGCAGGCAUGAGCCGAUUGUCUAUAAGGUAGUCCUGCCGGCUGCGGCUUUGUAUUUACAUUGAGUGCCUAAUUCAAUUUACCGCCACUUGUCUGUGGAAUAAGCAGGAGGUGGUUUUGAUGUAAUAACACCAAAACAGGUGUCUUGAAUAGCUGACAGUGGGUAGAUGGAUUAUUCAUGAAUCUCGACUCAAUCAAUAAAUAUGAAAUUACAUCUCUGCAGAUCAAUAUGCUUCAUGAUGCAUUCCCUUCUUUCGGAUUCCUCAGGUUGACGUGAAGAAGGCAGACGAUGCGAAGGUUUAUCUCACCCUGCCAGCGACUUGGGCUGAAGUGGAGGAGCAGGAAAAGCAAACAGGGAAGCAGUUCCACCAUUCAGGAGUGAUUCCUGUGACCAAAGAUAGCUUCCAGAUCGCCACGCUCACCUGCUCCACCAAACUCACUCAGAAUGGUGAGUGUGAGGCGGCGUCUCCUCUCCUCCGUGAAAAGGAAAUCCUGUUUAAACGAAUCGUGUUUCUCUCCUGUGCCGCCAUCAUUUCCUUCAAACUGAUGAGUUGAUGUUGAUUGAUGGAGAUGUAAUGGAGUUUGUAUUAAAAUUCGAGGCUGUAAACACAGUUAUCACGGUGAGGUACUGCUGCUUGGAUCCUCAUGUGCAUCCUUCAUAAAUUUUUAUAUUUUCAGUGGACUUACUCGGCCUGCUGAAUUGGAGGUCUAACCCUGAAGCUCUGGACCAGAAUCUGCAGAGGCUGAUGGAGGUAGAGGGAGGAGAGAUCGUCAAAGUGAGUGUCCUUAUUCCUAAGUAUGGAUUAUGUUGUUCAACGAUGGUGUCUUUAUUAAAUGUCUCUAUUUUGUGCACAGUUUCUCCAGGACACUCUGGACGCUUUAUUCAACAUCAUGAUGGAGACCUCAGAGAAGGACACCUAUGAUACCCUGGUCUUCAAUGCCUUGGUUAGUGGUUUCAACACGCGCUUUUCAAACCUGACACUGACAACAUCCUGUUCAUUUAACUGUUUUCUUUCAGAUCAGAAGUAGUGCCCUUCAAAAUAAAAGCGUAGUUUGACCAUGAAGGGAAUAAAGCGACCGAAUAUCAAAACAGAAGCGUGACGUAGAUGAAUCAAGUCAAUGAGGUUAUUUUUGACCUUGCAUUUCCUCUAUUUGACUAUAUCCAAAAAUAUCUCAUGGCCACAUUAGCUGGAAAAAAUGCAGUUUACUGUCAUUAGUAUUCAAGUGUUCAGCUGUCACAGGCUGCUAUGCCAACAUCAAACCACAGGGAGCUGCAGGCCUUCACCACCAAACCCAGAUGAGACAAACGUAUUCAAUUUAUCUUUAACUCCCAUUUGCACCAGUUUGAUGUCGACUGUUAUGUUAAAAAGCUUUGCAUUUAGGAGAGUAAAGGUCUAAUCGUCAAAAACUGCAACUCCCCCUAAUACAGUGAACAACAGUGCCGGACAGAGGCAGACCUAAUGCCUCUGAAGUGCACCUUCUGUCUGUUACUAAAACACUUCUGUGUAAACUGUCAAUUCAUGCGCAUAAUUAAAGUAUCACCUUCGUGGCUGCUAAUUAAAUCUGCAGAAAUCAACAGAUAAUUUUCAGGUGAGAAGAUGAAGAAAGAAAGAAAGACAGGGAACAAAAGAAGAACAUUAAAGAUGGAUGAUAAAUAAAGAGAGUGGUUGUAGUUUAAUACGUGAGAAUGCAGAAUGAUCCACUUUAUUUCCUUUUACAAAUGCUGCCAGAGAGAUAUUUUACUUAUUGAUUUCCAUUAGCGUUAUAAUUGCAGCUGCUUAUUACCUCCACAGCUAACGCCGGGAGAGCGGAGGAGAAAUUAAAAGAGGAUGCCUGUAAUGAUAACAGAAUCAUUCUCCACAUCAUCUCCAUCAUAUUAGAAACAUAAUAUCACUGACAGGGACUGAUGGUGGAUACGUGCAGCAAUAAAAGCAGGGAGGGCUGCACAGUAUAUCGCAGGAUUGAGGGCACUUGUAAUCAACACACAGCAAAAGUCAAAAAGUAAGAGUGAAUAAACAUUGAAUGCAAACAUGUAAACAGCAGGAUGGAUACCCGAGAAUCAUGCUAUAAGGCUUUCACACUGUAAUGGUUAGAGCUGUAAUCAAACAAAGAAAUUCUUGGUCGACUAAAACCCUCAAAUCUUUGACCAUAACUCGACUAACUGGGGGAAGGGAAUUUUUUCAACUGACAGCAAACCCUUCUGCGACGGGGGACGACGCGGCUCGGCAGAGCGCGGCAAAAAUAUACUGGUAUCAGCACAAGGAGGUAAUUUAACACGAUGGAAGUUGAAACGCUCUAAAUAAAAAUAAAUAUUCAGCAAACCACCGGACGUUGAUUAAUGUGGAUGCUCUAAACCACAGAUGGUAACUUGACAUGUAAAAAAUCAAGUCAACCAAUCAGGUUGGCCAAUUAGGUCAACUAGGACUUUACAGCCCUUGUAAUGGUGCAGUCAGAUGAAGUUUGAGCAGUGGUCCUCAGAUUAAAUUAUGCUGUUGGAGGAGUAAAUAUCAUCAUUUAAAGGUUGUGUUUUGGACUCUGCAUCUAUUGCAGUAAUAAGGUAUAAACUUUUGUUUUCAAAGAUCUCGCAGCCCCUAAUUCAAAGUAUAAUUACUGUUAUAUUGUUUUGACAGAAGCUAGAAUAAAACCACCGCUCAGAUUUCUGCCGUCUUGAUAAUGUUAAUGACGCUCACAGAUAAAACAUGAUUGCUCGCCGAUCGUAAUCAAACUAAAUGAAAAUUUCUCUGUGACAGUGGAGUGUUUUUAUUCCCAGCUCUCAUCAUUUGUGAGCUAAUGAUAAGACAGAGCCGCAGCAGUCUACAAUAAUAUUAAUGAUAGAAGUUUCAAGAUUAAAAUAGCUUUCAAAGAUGAUAUACGGUCAAAUAAAGGACAAAAACUGAACAUUUAUUCUCUCGUUUGGAGAUCUGAAACUUUGCAGGUGCUCUCACAUCUUAAAGACGAUGACAGCAGCUGAAGACAGAGUCGUCCCGAGGGGCUGUCCUGCCUCAUAACCUUUAAAAGCCUAAAUGAGGUCAUGUUUAUCAUCGCGGUUUCACAUUUUAACAGGCGACAUGGAACACGUGGGUCAGAUGGCACCAUGUUUUUAUACGGUCCCUGUGUGACAGAUAGCAGUUUUAACACAGCAGCAGACAUCUGCAGCAUCCACUUUGUGUAGGAGCGGUUAUAUUUUCUACUCUGGAGAAGAUUUAGGCAGGUAAUCUUUUGGACUGGACGCUCAGUACCUUUAAGUGCCAGUAGUUAAUGACUUGUGCAGAAGUAUUGGUGCAUACAUGAGUCAUGGUUCGGGGAGGAAAAAACCUCAACAACGGCCUCAUUUGUCUCGCAUGUCCACAAAAUCCUUGCAGCAUUAACACACACUUUCCACUGCGACUGGCCAGGUGUGCAGAGGCGAGGAGCUCUGCUUAGUUUCUGCAACUUGCUCCUUUUUUUUUUUGUUUUAAUCCUGCACAAACUCUCCGCUUCAGUCUUCAUGUUAACAACCGAAGAUGACAGCGUCCACGCCUCUAAAGAGAGGAUUUUAAACACUUUUGGCUUCAGCUGCUGAAGACACCUACGGAUGCUCUGUUCAGGGUCAAAUAGAGACGCAUUGUGGCUUGACGUGAAGCAGCAGCUGUAUCAUGAACAGUGUGUUUAAAGGGAAACCCUGUGAAGGUAGCUGAGGCGUGUUUUCUGCAGCCUAAUGAUUUUAUCACGCUAAGAAAUGAGACCCGAAAACGAGAGUUUAAUUUCAGAAGCUUCAAAGGAGUCGAAACUUAAAAGCAGCGGAGCAGAUUUUCAAAUUCGACUCGGUUAUAAUUUUUGUUUUCAUCUCCAGGUAUUUAUAAUCACUCUUAUUGGCGACAUCAAGUUCCAGCACUUCAACCCGGUCCUGGAAACCUACAUCAACAAGCACUUCAGCGCCACUCUGGCGUACAUGUGAGUCCCCGUUCUGUGUUUACCUACUCUGAUUGCCUACGCCCCUUCACGCUGUCUAUUUUUAGGCCAUCUUUUGCUCUUCUCUUCCACCCACACCCAAAUCACCAUGAGUCCUUCAUGCCUGACUCGUUCACUGUCACAGGAAGCUAACCCGCGUCCUGAACUACUAUGUGGGCCACGCCGAGGAGCCCGUCCUGACUGAGAGGCUCUACGCAGCACUCAAAGCUCUCAAAUACCUGUUCAGGUUCAUCGUACAGUCUCGAGUCCUCUAUCUCAGGUAUGAGAGGAAGCACUACCACACAAGAAUAUGCUUUCAGCCUCAUGUUUUAAAGAUGAACCCCCGUGACGCGUUUCAUUCUCAGAUUUUAUGGGAACAGCGAGGACGGGGACGCUUUCUUCAACUCCAUUCGCACCCUGUUCCUGUCUUUCAACACGCUGAUGGACAGACCGCUGGAUGAGGGAGUGAAGAUAAAGGUGAGCUGCUGAGUGUUUCAGGGGGUUUUAUCUCGUAUUAUCCAGCUGAGAAACACGUUUUCAAUACAAUCACUCAGGCCUCCAUUAAUUAGAUUGAGUGUUUUCAGUGUUGCAUGAGAAAUGACUGCGGUACCCCCGCUGUGAAACCGUUUUACGCGGUCCGGGACAAUCUAUUGAAAAGUUUAACAAAUUAACUGCAAAAUAAACAGGGACUCCCUGAUGGGGAGUCUCAGUGCGGCGAGAAAAGCCCGGGUAAAAAGCGUGUUUCACUAGAGAGCAAAAAACCACUCUAUGCUUCUUCUGUGUGAUGAUGAGACCUGAUUCUUUGCUUUUUCAGGGAGCGAUAUUGAAAUACCUCCCCAGCAUCAUUAAUGACAUCCAGACUGUGUUUGAUCCCGUGGAGCUCAGGUAACUCUCCCGAGGGUUUCUACGGCAGGAGAAGAUAAUUGGCUGUCUCAGUGCAAAUUAUCAUAUUUACUUCUGUGUAAACGAGGCGAGAUUCUCAAUUCUUGCAGCUGUAAAAUCAGCCUGUCGUGUGUUCUGCUCAUUAACCCCCCGUGACAAUAAUUAAUAGAUGUGAAAAUGUGAAUGGCGUUAAUGUUGUCACAGCCGCUCUCUCUUUGCUUCUCUUUCAGCGUCCUCUUAGCAAAGUUCAUUGAGAGCAUUCCCGACUCUCAGCUCGUGCGUCAGAAGCUGGGCUGCAUGUGUAAAAUGGUGGAGAGUGACCUUUUCAGGCAGCCAGGUAGGAGUGCUCCGGGCUCAAAAACCACAUAAUGACUUUUCACACAAGAUGAAGGGGAAGAAAAAGCUCUGCUCGGCGUUACACCAACAUAUGAGUUUUCUCAGGUCAGCCCCGUGAAAAGGAAAUGUGCUGUGUGAUCCAAUGAGCUCAUUUUUUGCUCUGCCCUGCUCCCCCUGCAGAUUGUCGAGACGUGCUCCUGCCACUUGUUACCGACCAGCUGAGCGGGCAGUUAGACGACCACUCGAGUAAACCUGACCAUGAAGCCUGCGCUCAGCUGCUCAGCACCGUGUUGGACAACCUGGACCGCAAGGACGUGGUGAGAGACAGGAGCCGGUUCACCUUAAACAUGCAGAGUUUGGAGGUCCAAAGGGCCGGUUCAUGUGAAUUAUAGAGAGGAACAUCUAGACGCAGCAGAAAUGAGUUUCAUCCACAGGGUUCAAGGUGGGAGUUAGGGGGUGAGGAGACAGUUCAGAGCUCAGACACGUGGACCUCUGAGUCAAGAUGCUGCUGUUUUGCAUUGAAAAGAGCUGGUUUAGGUGGUUUAGUCCGCUCUUCAGAGGUUUUCUGGGCAUAUCCAACUGGAAGGAGGCCCCGAGGCGGACCCAGAGCACGCUGGAGGGAUUACAUAUCCCAUCUGGCCUGUUAGCAUCUCGUCGUCCCCCUGGAGGAGCUGGAGAGCUGAAGAGAGGAGCUGUCUGAGCCACCCUGCUUAGCAUGCUGCCACUGUGCCCCAGACCCACACUAGUGUUAUAAAAUGAAUGGAUAGAGUUGGAACAUCUGGUCACGCAGAAAGUCUGGGGUUUUAUUUACCGCGGUUUUGAGAGAUCUGUCUCUGAGAUUUCCGUGGAGGAGGUGUGUGAGACUUUAUUUGUGAGCGCUGAAAAAUGGCAGCGACGUGUUUUUCCACGACAGUCGCCCCGUUGACCGCGGAUAACCCGACAUCCUCACUGACAUCAGCUCUCCAGGUUUUACCAGAUCUAGUCUGAGAUUAAAUCUUUCAAUGACUGGUUUGUCGGAAACAAAAAGAAACUAAUUUGAAUUUAUUUCAGGGUAAAACAAAAGCCGAAAAUCUGGAUUACCUUUAAGCUAGCAGCUGAAAUGUGGGGCCUUAUUUUGCAUGAAAAAAACACUAAAAUGUCUAAUUAAUUACCAAGGUCGGAUGAAUCACCCUUUCACUGACCACUUCUUUCAGCUCUUUGUCAGCGUUUUGUUUCUUUCUUCCUGAAGGAGUUGUCAUAAAGGACACCGAAUGAGUAAUAGAGACGAUUAUGUAACUGGAAAAGCCUCUGCUGCUGAAUUUUUCAACUCUAGUUUUUCAAUGCUGCGAGCAACACAAAAGGAAGAAAGGAGGGGAAGGAAAAAAAAGGAGAAAUCUCAGAGAAGAGUUUCAAACAGAACCGGAGUGAUCUCUAUAAGGCCGAGAAAGUUUCCCCCUCAGUUUUUCAUAAUUGAGGUGAAGUGACCCUUUGCAGCUCGUCUGUCUGGCCGUGUUUGUGCUGAUAAUUGUACCUGCUGCGUGUGUUCUGUCUGUGCAGGGUCCCACCAGAGGGCACGUUCAGCUGAUAAUGGAGCGACUUCUUCGCAGGGUUAAUCGCACUGUCAUCAGCAUGGACAGAUCCUCGCCGCUCAUCGUAAGACAGACACUCUGACGUUACAGCUGAACUCUGUCCUUGACGCUCUGAUUUCAUUAUAGAAAAAAAAGAGAAACUAACAGAGACAAUACGGGGGGAUUAUGAAGCCGUAACAAAACACAACAAUAACACAAAGAUGUGAAAGAAAUGUGCUGUUUGAGACUUGUGAGUAACAGCGGAUCUCUCUGCGGCAGGGCCACUAUCUCGCCUGCAUGACGGCUAUCCUGAAGCAAAUGGAUGACAUGCAUUACGCCCACUACAUCAGCACCUUCAAAACCAGACAGGACAUCAUUGUAAGUGUCCUGGUUCCUCCUCCCCGACGGCUACAUCUUGUCUUGAAAACGUACCAUCAAUAACAGGCAUUAACCCUCCCCGGCUACUUACCGCUCCUUAAGAGAAUAUUGAUUGUAGACAUUUCAUGCAGUGGAUCAGGCUGACAUGAUGAGGAUGUCAGUGGGGCUCCAUUAAGCUGUGGGGGAAUCACAUGUGUCUGACAUGCAGAAAAGGUUGUUGAUUCAUGCACUGCUGCUCCUCUGGAUUUGCUUAGUUUGCUUGUAAAGACGCGGUUCCUCUGCUGCCCUCAGGACUUCCUCAUGGAGACGUUCAUCAUGUUUAAGGACCUCAUGGGGAACGUCUUCCCUGCAGACUGGAUGAUCAUGAACCUGGUGCAGAUGCAGGUCUUCCUCAGGGCCAUCAACCAGUACUCAGACGUCCUCAACAUGUACUUUCUGGAUCAGGCUCAUUUUCAACUACAGGUGUGUGUGUCUCUCUCUCUCUCUUUCUGCAGAGGUCACAUUUCUUGUUAAACACAAAGAAAUCAAAAGCCGGAGUUAUGAGAAGGUAAUUAUGAUAUUAAUAUUUGAAAACCUCGCUUCUCCUCCCUCCCCCUCUCCUCGCAGCUGUGGAAUAACUACUUUCAUUUGACGGUGGCGUUCCUCACACACAAGACUCUGCAGCUGGAGUCGUUCUCUCAAGAGAAACGAAAUAAGAUCCUGAACAAGUGAGAUCAUUUCAAGUUCAUCAGAAGAUUAUUUAAAAGCGACAGAAAGUUAAUUUAACAGUUUGAUUAUGAAACUUCCCGCAGAUACGGGGACAUGAGGAAGACAAUUGGAUUCAAGAUGAGAGAUAUGUGGUACAAUCUAGGUGAGUAUUUCUGCGAUUAUCAUAGCGUGUGACGGAGGAUUGUUUAUCCUCUGCCGAAGAAUAACAAGACAAUAUUUUUGAUGGUCCGGUUUCACAGUGUGUUGUUGUUUUAUUUACCGGGUUAUUAGAUUUGUCUUCUGUUUGUAGAGGAAUGAAGGCGCAGCUUAUUGCCUUCUAAAAUCAUACUCUGAUAUUUCUCUGUGAUAAUGUUUUGUUGUCCCUCAGGCCCACACAAAAUGAGGUUCAUCCCCGCCAUGGUCGGGCCCAUUCUGGAGGUCACUCUGGUGCCGGAGCCGGAGCUGAGGAAAGCCACCAUCCCAAUCUUUUUUGAUAUGAUGCAGUGCGAGCACAACUUCAACCCGGGUCGCACCUUUGAAACGGUAAAAAGACUUCAGAAGUUCGGCACUUUGAUGUUUUUUUGUUUCAUCUGAAGGAGCUCCCGGCUAAAUAUGACAUUUGUGAUAUGAGUGGUGGUGUGUUUUUUUUAAUUCGCCUCUUAUCUCUGCAGUUCGAGAACGAACUGAUAACAAAAUUGGAUCAAGAGGUAGAAGGAGGCCGAGGGGAUGAGCAGUACAAAGUCCUGCUGGAGAAAAUGUAAGGCAGAGGAGCAGAUCAAACAAAACAUUUUCUCUGAAAACUUAAAAAAUCCUUCAUUGCUGUGUGAUAGGGAAUCCACAUAGGAUUACUGCUAAGAUACAACAGAGGCCUGUGCAAUUGCCUUUUUGGAAAAGUCCUCAAGGAGCCAGAAGGACAAGAUAGUCUAUGAGAAUUGUAAGUAGCUGCUAAUCAAUAGAAAGCCCUUGAGGACCGAGCCAGCGAUUCACAACAAUUGCAAAAACAUAUUUUAAUAUGCUCGUCAGGAGGACAGGCGGCCCGCAGCAGAGGGAGAGAGCCCAGAAAUAGCCGUUUACCACUUCAGAGAGGCGUGUGAAGAUGAUUUGUUUGUAUUUGCAGUUUACUGGAGCACUGCAGACGCCACAGAUACCUGUCGCAGUCAGGAGAGGAGCUGGCUCUGCUGCUCAGCAGCCUGCUGGAGAACCUGCUGGCCUAUCGCACCAUCACGCACGACGAAAGUCCUGAGCACCGCAUGAGCUGCACCGUCAAUGUGCUGGUACGCCCUGAGCUUCUGUUUAUCAAACGGGUUAAGGCUGUUUGUGCACGUAGGGAAAACAACACAGUCUGUGCUAGUCUGCAAAGUGUGUGAGAGAAAAUGAACCAAUAAGAACGAAGGCUCGCUCUCUCUUGCAGAACUUCUACAAAGAGAAAAAGAGGGAGGACAUUUACAUCCGGUGAGUCACGCAGACACACGGAGGAGCGUCCGCUUUUCGGACCAAAGAGGUAACUGUGACUAAUCGCUGCGCCCUUGUAAUCAGGUACUUGUACAAGCUGAGAGAUUUGCACCUGGACUGUGAAAACUACACAGAGGCAGCCUACACCCUGCUGCUCCACGCUGAAUUACUGGAGGUCCGUGACUCUUUGAGCCCUUUUCUUCAGAUGAAACCAGAUCAAAUAUUUAUGCUCUAAGCUUAUAUGGCUCUGCUUCUGCCUAAAUGUCAUACUUGUUUGCUCCCUCAGUGGUCGGAUAAAGCCUGUGCUCCUCACCUCAUACCCAGAGAUGGAGAUCAUGUGUGGACUCAACAGGAGCUGAAGGAGAGGCUCAUCCAGGAAAUCAUUUGCUAUUUGGACAAAGGGAAGGUGAGCGUCGUCUGCGCUCCAUGUGAGCUGGGGUCUGAAGUUCAGAUUGUGUCUUUUGCAGAAUAACCACAUCGAUUGUCUGAGCCGCACGCUCUGUGCUGGCAUUGUGUAAGUAUUGGAGGAAGUUGCACGAGCUCGCACAGCAGCCGCAGGUUUCUUUGUCUUGUCAGUGUUUAGAUCUGCGGCUGCUACAUGACAACAACCGUUUCCCCUCAAAGCAGCGCGGUGGGCGCAGUAGUGACAGCCAGAUGGCUAGCCGGUGCUCCUGUGUUUUUAUGUGUUGUGUCCUCUUGAAACUGACUGACGCACAUGUCUUCUCAGAUGUGGGAGAAAGCCAUUGAGCUGGGGAAGCAGCUCGCCAAGAUGCACGAGAGCCACAUGUUUGACUUCAUGGAGCUGAGCCAGCUGCUGGUGAGAGGACCCAGCCACUCCAACACCAACACACUCUCUCUCUCUCUGUCUGUCUUUCCUGAAAUCUCUUUAAAAAGCAGCUCUAUAAAUAAUAUUGUUACUGCUUCAUUAAGACUAUUGACAUUAGUCUGCAGAGUGAUAGUCUGCAGAGUGAUAGUCUGCAAGAAUUCGCUCCAGCUCUCCCAAGGCAGUGGGCAGAAAACAACUUAAAGAGAGAAUAAAAGUGUGUUAACCUGUUUACUGUUACUUCUUUCACCUCAGACUGUGUCUGCUCAUGCAGUCGAGUGUUAAUGUGCCAUAAAGAAUUUAUAAAGUCUCUCUGCCCGAGUGGGUUAGUUUGAUUGUGCUUUCAGAAACUUUUCUCAUAUGGCUGCACGAUUACUCGAUUUUAAAUCGUAAUCGGAUUAUUUGAUCAUGACGAUGUUAAAAAAAUCAAAAUCAUCAAAUCGAUUUUUCUCUCCAUCAUGUCUCGUGCCUCCAGACCACCGUAGGCUCCUCCUUCCUGCGAGAGCGCUCCCCAGUUCCCACACACACCAGUGUAAACAAACAUGGCGUUUGCAAAAGAAGGCGAUAAUUUUGUGGUUAAAUAGGACAAGAGCGAGUCAGUCAUGUUGAAUUGGUACGAUUUCGCAGUUUCAGAUGAAGAGUAAACCACUCCCCGCUGUAAAGUCUGUCUGAAGGCGGUAUUCACCCGUCCACACGGGAACAAAUUUAGGAGUAUUUUGUCGUAUCAGUGAUCCCUCCACACAGAAACUGCGUUUCAGGUGACUGUAGACGGCACUUUUUGAAAACGGGUCAGAGAGCGAAUAAAUCUGUAAACGACGACCAUUUCAUCUCCGUGUGGAUGUCUAUCUGCAUCUCUAGAAACGAUCAUGUGACAUGCAACUAGUGUGACCAUUAGGGCUGGGACGAUAUGCUUUUCUCCCGAUUCGAAUCUCCCUCGAUUUUUUGGAUGCUGAUUUGAUUUAAAUUGCGAUUCUAUGAUAUUUUCUCUACUUUUAGUCUGCAUUUUUCACACCAGUGAAACAGUUGAUGAUGAUUAUGAUUGUCGACUGAUUAUUCCAGGAACCAUAUUUUCCCCAAAAAAUACACAUCACAUGUAAGACAGUUUUUAAGAUUUAUUCUUAAAUUUGAAAACAACAACAAAAAACAAUUUUUGAACAUAAAAAUCGAUUUUAAAAUUAUAAAACAAAAAAAUCGCGAUACUUAGGGGAAUCGAUUUUUUCUUCCACCCCUAGUGACCGUAUUUUGAAUCCCCAAAAGGAGGACACUAUUUCGCGGGGCGGAGUCACAGUGUAGUAAAUUCUGAGUAUUUUUCAGGUCGGGUCGAGCGUUUUUUGCAUGCUUCUAACUCAGUUAGUCCACGUGACACAAACUCAAAACUUCGGCUGGACAUCCCCCCAAAAACAGGACAUGUCCGGGUAAAAGAGGACGUAUGGUCACCUUAGCGUAACUCUUUUAUGGAGGUUUUGUGUGUCCUACCAAAACAGCCGUUAUACACAUGCUCUGUACUCUUCUUCUGUCUUUUGUGCAUUUCCUGUGCAGCGUUACAGCGCCACUUACCGGCUCGGCAUAUGCACUACAUCGUUUUCAGUGGUUUCGUUUUGAGAAAUGAUAGAAAAACUUAUUUUUAAAGUGAAGUUUGGUGAAGUUGUCACUGAAUAAAACCUUGAAAAUUGAGUUUUCUGAGAAAAAAAUCAGGAUUUUAUUUUCGACCAAAAUCAUGCAGCCCUAUUUUCUCAUAAUUUCAUGAACAGAAGCACAAUUGAAAUCAUUCCUCUGAGGCAGAUGUUAUUUGAAAAACGUUCAUAUGAGGCACUGAAUCGUACAUUACAAGACGCCGUACAUGUUCUGCAUACUUACUCCCUUGUGUGUCCUUGUCACAGAAAAAACAAGCCAAGUUUUAUGAAAACAUCAUGCAUGCGAUGCGGCCACAGCCGGAGUACUUUGCUGUGGGAUAUUAUGGUCUCGGAUUCCCUUCAUUUCUCAGGGUAAGGAAAUCAUCACCUUCAGUAUUUCAAUAAAAGGAAAUUUAGUGAGGCCAUCAUGCACCUUGCUUAUGCAACAAGUUUGCUUUCUCUAACAUUUCUGGAGGCAAUGUGUGAGAGUGUCGAUAAAGGUUAUUGGCUUUUUGAUGGCACAGGAUAAUAAUGGAGUGAAAACAGUCCAGUCACCGGCACGGCUCUCAUAAAUUACGUCAAAUUGGUCUCAUCAGAGCCAAUCGCUUUUUAUUGGAUUCAAUUUCUUGGGUUUCUCUCCUGAAAAUAUCUGCUGCAGAACAAGAUGUUCAUCCACAGAGGCAAAGAGUACGAGUGGCUGGAAGAAUUCACCUUAAAGCAGCUCUCUCAGUUCCCAAACGCAGUCCGGAUGACGAGCACAGCGCCCCCCGGAGACAACAUCUGCAACUCCCCCGGACAGCGUAUCCUUACAUAAUAAACAACAGAGCGGCUCUUUGUCCAGCAGGGUAUCAGCCGUGUUGGCAGGAUAGCUCAAGGGGAGGCCAUGGGAAGAAAUGUGCAGUUUAAUAAAAAACACCACAACAAGCGUUGGAGCAAAUGUUUGAAGGUUUUGAACAGAUAUUCAAACCGCCUGAGGUUGGAAUCAUGCAAACCUUUGUGAUUGUGGGACUUUGCAUUCAAGAAGAAGCUCGUUUUAAUAUGCAUGCGUCAGAGUCUUCGGACUACUUCCUGCAGAGCUAAUGUGUCCCCACUCGCCUCCGAUGUACUUUGUUUAUGGCUGUUUUUGCAAACGUUAUUAUAAAUGCUAAACGUGGUGAAUGUCACUGUUUAACGUCAGCUUAUUAGCAAGUUAAUUUUGAGCGUUUUAGCUGAAAGCAUGAACACGGUUUGUUGUUGAAGUAUCACCAUAAAAAAAAAACGUUUCGGCUCCUUUUCUGUUUUUUCUCCUGAACUGAACUUCCGCAGACAUCCAGAGCUUCACAGUGAAGCCGGUUCUGACCGUGCCACAGCAGUUUAAAGACAAGGGGGUUCCAGAGCAGAUAUUAAAGUGCGUAACCGAACACUUAAAGGCUGAUUUAUUUUGUCAUGAAUACCCCAAAGAUUUAUAGAUCUCUGGUCAAAGCUCUAACUCACGGCUGUCCUUCUCUCUGCUUUUGCAGCUAUUACAGAACCAAUGAAGUGGAGCAGUUCCAGUAUUCCAGGCCCUUCAGGAAAGGUGAAAAGGACCCAGACAAUGAAUUUGCGGUGAGUACUUUUCAAAAUUUCCAUCAAAGCACAGAGCUAAUAUGCAUGAAAAUCCAAAAUGGGUGAAAACAUGCCUGUCCUUUUAGAUAUUUCCCUCUGAAAACUAAUGAAGACACUUGGACAGGGGAGGAUGAAUAAACAGCGUUAUUGAUAUGAUGCACGCCAUGUUGGGACGUGAUUUUCAGUUAGAAUAAAGCAAAGAUGAACGAGAUGAAAAGGAAUAUCUUCAUCUGGAGUGGAGGCUCAAAGCUGAGAGGGCUGGUUAGAGACCAAAGUUGUAGAUUUGAAUGAAAGAACUUCUUUCAGAGCUGGAUUUGAUGUGAAUUGGAGGUGAGCGCAUUAAAGGAGGGUUACACUGAUCGCCUAAAAUUACAACUGACAGCCGCAGAGAGAAGAACAGCUUCAAACUCUGACAGCAAUGAGAUUAUUGGCUCUCAAGAACUGAUGCCAAAUGCGAUUGGUUGGAAGAAGGAACGAAACAUCCAGAGUCCGCUGAUGAAUCUGAAGCAAAAAGAGAAAGAAAGAAAGAGAGAAAGAGAAUGAGCGGAAGGAUCUAAAUACAGAGGGAGCGUGAAGAUAAGGCCCCCGGGAUCAUAGUAGGUUUUUAAGCCAAUUAGACAGAGUGGCCGACUUCCAGGUCUGCCACGUGACGCACAGUGGCCUUAACAGACCUUUUCCCAAGUGCCCACUGUGAUCCUAUCUGAGGUCUAUCCUUCGCUGAGCAAAGACAGAAUUCACUUCAGACUGUCAGAAAAAAAGGGGAUUUUUGCUCUUUAUUUGCUGGAUAUUAGGAUGUCUGUAAUUAUUUCUGAAAAGCUGUUUCCGCUCUAAUUUGCAAACUCAUCUUUCGAGGAUAAAUUUCCCCCAUUGAUUGCAGAAGCUGACACAGAAGUGAGUAACUUCAAAAUAAGGUCAAAGAUGCAGUUUCUUUUGAGUAAUUUAACAAAUUUAUUACAUCUACCGUGGCGUCAAGUUUUUUCAUCCAUUUUUCAGAGAAGAUCGGAGAUUUAGUGAGGCUGUUUACAUAACCCUCAGCAUCAGAACAUUUUGGUGAAUUAUAGGCUUAAUUAUUGAUUGUUUGUCAAGAACAUCUCAUAAUCAAUCUUUAUUUAUUAUGAUGAAAUCCAAUUCUGUCUUAAUCCACUAUGAGCUGAGCGCUGUGCAGUAUUCAGCAAGUUCAUUCACGCUGUGAAGGGAGACCAUCAGCACUCAUAUACUGAUAUCACCAGGAGCACUGCUCAAGGACUGGGGAAGAAGGAGUUGCACCAACAACCUCCAAAUCCAGACCCCUGAGUAGGGAUGGGAAUUGUUCAGAAUUUAGCGAUUCUGAUUACUUUAUCGAUAUGAUUCCUUAUCGUUUCUCAUUGAGUGAGAAAUAAGUUAAUCCAAAUAGGUUUGUUUGCCUUAACUCUUUAAUAUUGUCACCUUUGGACAGAGGAUAUGGCGCAUCCAUGCACUAAUAAUUUGUUAUGUGACCUACCCUUUGACCACAAAUCUGCUCACAGCUCGGUGACAUUCGUUUAUCUUCGCCUCUCUCAUUUUACUCUUCUCUUCCUCAAUGAAAGGGGCCACCAAAGGUGCGUGAGAGCUACCCGCUGCAGCCUCUGAGCUAGCAUCAUUGUCAUCUAAAUGUAACUUAAGGAGAUGAAGAGUAUUUAUAUCGUGAAAAGGGGGUUAACAUGGCGCUAACAGCUACAUAGCAGACAGGACCUGGAAAAGUUAAACGUUACCUUGAUGACACCGAGACGUUAGCUCUGCUCCUGCUUUUGCUUGUACCAGUCUAGCCUUUGCUACGUAGCGUAUCAAACACGUUACACUUUCGCAAAUUAGUUGAAUGCUGGGUGGACAAAUGUUUCAGCAUAUCGGAAGUAUUUCCCCCGUUCGAUGAAAUUAAAGCUUUGCAAGUGCUGCAAGUAGCCCCGGUCGUUUAAAGUGAACUACAGCCAAACUCUGGAGUGCUUUUGCCUCGAAAGUUCUGAACAAAACACACUUCUCGCGUUCUACGUCAUCACGCAUGGAGACGUAAGAGGAACCGAUAAGCAGAAUCGUUCAGGAGGCAGACAAACAAUUCUUAGGAAUCGAAUCACUGGGAACCGGAUCUAACAAAGAACCGGUUAUCGAUUCUCUCUCGUCCUCUCAGACUGCAUCUGUGAAUCAGUCCAGCCUACGAUCCACUCCGCCUCAUCUCUGUUUCAGUACCAAGUUUGAGACUUAAGAAGGUUGCUGUCAUGCCAACAUCGGGACUGUUAUCCUUUCAAGCCAGAUAAGAAAUUUGGCUUAGGACUGAAGUAAACUCCAAAUCCACUCAUCGCAGGCUCACCGCAGACACUGCAUUUUCAUCUGUAGAGCUUUUGAUCCAUUGAUUGCAGCAGAAGUGUGAAAGAAAAGUAUAAGAACAAAUACAUCAGACUGAAAAUGAAUCACUCACUGAGUCAUAGUGUCCUCAGAGUUGUGUUAAUGUUUUUUCUUCAACAUAACGAUCACAGAGGAUCAGAGCUGACGUCACAGCGCUCUCGGAGGAUGAGGAUAAGUUUUAUCAGAACAUUUUCAUGAGAAUAUGUGAAUGGGACUCUUCCUCCUUCAGUGCUGAAGGAGGAAGGUUGUUGUUGUUGUUAAAAUGGUAUCCUCAUGUAUCUUCUGCCUCACAGACCAUGUGGAUCGAGAGAACUACCUACAUCACGGCGUACCGCUUCCCCGGGAUCCUGAAAUGGUUUGAAGUCAAGUCUGCCUCAGUGGUAAGCAGCGGUCGUGACGUCCAAACUGUGCUGUGAUCAUUUAAAACUUCCUCUCAUUAACCACACUCUUCAUGGCCGACAGGUGGAGAUCAGCCCUCUGGAGAACGCCGUAGAGACGAUGGAGAUGGCCAAUGAGAAGCUGAGUAACCUGGUGCAGCAGCAGGCCUGCGACCGCUCGCUGUCCAUCAACCCGCUGUCCAUGAUGCUCAGCGGGAUUGUUGACCCUGCUGUCAUGGGCGGCUUCUCCAACUAUGAGAAGGUUUGAUUUCUGUAUAAUAACUCAGUUUUGUCGGUGUGUUGCACAUCAAGAUUGCAUGAUUUAAUCACUUCUAAAUAGACAAACAACAACAACAUAACAGCAGAUUGUUAAACACGCACAACCUGCAGAAAGCUGGGUAUUCACUCCUCAUCUGCAGUGUGUACUGUGCAGAGACAAGGUCAGUCCCUCCACCUCUGAUCCUCCCGUGGAAGCAGUAUCAGAGGCAGGACAGGGCAGAGAUGGUGGUACUGUGUAGCAUCAGAACCAGCGGGUCAGAACGGGUCGUGCCUCUCACACUCACGUGCUAAUACAGGGUCUAAAAUCACACCAGGACACUAAUAUUGUGUCAUUUUGUGGUGCAGUGUGUAGGUUUAAAGGUGUAGUGAUGCUGCAGUGUGUACAAGAGUUUCUAAGACUCAUACAGAGGUCCAUGAUCACUGAAAAACAAGCAGAAACUGGACGCUGAGAUUCAGACGUAAUGUUACAGUACAGGCUGAACCUCAAUAUAGAACUAAGCUAAGAGUGUUAGACUGUCUAAACUGAUCAGGUUUGAGCUCUGUGCUAAUGUCUUUGGUGCAGGAAUUGUAACCAUGGCAACCAUUUUAGUUUGCAUAAGAUAAGGUGACAUAAUACUUGAUAGUUGUUAAGAAUUAGGGGUGGGAAUCACCUGUGGCACCACGAUACAAUAUUAUCACAAUACUUGGGCCAAAAUACUAUAUUGUCACGAUACGAUAUUAUCACGAUACUUGGGCCACACUAUCAUAUUAUCACAAUACAAUAUUAUCACGAUAUUUGGGCCAUGAUAUGAUAUUAUAGAGAUACUUGGGCCAGGAGAUGAUAUUGUUGUGAUUUUUCACAUUUUGCAAUACAGUGAGUAUUGUGAUACAAUAUAUUGGGAUUUAUAAUUUUUUUUUCCAACUGUUUAGCUAAUUUAGCAUUUGUCUUUCUUUAUGUUUCUUUUUUUACACAGUAUUUUAGUUUCCUGUAUAUUUGUUGCACUAACUUUCUCCUAAUGUCACCUCUGCCAACCUCACAAACAGUUGAUUUAUUUUUUCCAUUAUCAUAGAUUUGACUUCAUAUUAGCAAUUAAUUUGAAAAAAAUGAGACGAUACGAUACGAUAUAUCACCAGACAAAAUAUUGUGAUAAUAUGCUGCAUUGAUUUUUUUCUUCCACCCCUAUCAAGUGAGUCAAAACUCAUGUGAGAAACUUUGCACUUUAAUGAUUUUGGCGCCCCCUGUGGACGAAGCAGCAUCUGUUUGCUUUCCUCAGAAAAGUUAUCCUGAUUUCUUUGGACAGUCAAAUGUAGAAAUAACUUUCACAUGAUCAUUCUUGUUGCUGAUGGGGUCAUUUAUAAGUCAUAUAAAAAAAUUCCUCACCGGAGCUUUAAAGUUAUAAUGUACAAAUAACCUGAAUGAUGAUGGUGUGUAAUGGCCAUGUAUACCCAGAAUGCAUUAAAAAUCGGAGAAUUGCUCUGACCCACAGCCCGAGUUAAGCUUCCUAAAAAGCCUUUUGAUGUUUCAAAUGACACGCAGACAUCAUGAGCACAUCAUAAGUUUGAUGUAGAUAGAAAAAUCAAAUCAAUAAACGAGGUCUCUACAGGCUUACUGUGUCGCUAAAUGGCGUGCAAUCCAUAAAGAAACGAUGCUGUCUGGCUGAAACACUGCCCGCUGGUUGCUACUUAGGGUCAUGUUGUAAAUUAUCUGAAUGGUCAUGAGGCAUUAUUUGUAGUAGGGGAAGUAGGACACCAAAAUGUAAUCCUGCCUGAGGUGCCAAUUUGGCCGGAUCUGGCCCCGGUCUCACAGAUGAUCAUUUCUAUCUCAAAAAACAUAAUGAUUGUACGGUCGGUGCUGAGUGGUCGAAACCAGCCCUGAAAUCCAAUAUUUAAGAUCAGAGAGCUCCGGUUGAAAAGUGUCACUGCUUCCAGGCUGCUCUGUGUUGUUGGACUUUAGCUCUCUUCAGACCGGGUCCAGGUUGUGUGCACAGUUGGCUCUGAGGUGGCUGAUUUGAAAAAGAGAAAAACUGCUCUCUAACAUGAAACUAACUUCAAAUACCGAUGCAGGCUUUCUAAGAGUAUUUCAUCCACAUAAUGUCCUGCUGGCCUCGUGCCUGAAAUGAGCUAAAAAGAUGAAUUCAGAAGGGGGGUCUCUGCGGCCUCUUUGUCAUGCUGUGGACACCUGUUUGUUGUCGCUCACAGCUACAUUUGCGUUUAAAAGCUGCCCGGCGCUCACUCCGUUUUCAUCCCGUUUAGGCUUUCUUCACAGACACCUACAUCCAGGAGCACCCCGAGGACCACGAGCGAAUCGAGGUCCUGAAACACCUCAUCGCCCUGCAGGUAAAUCCUCGCACCGCUGCUGUCAUUGACGGGCUUUAAAAGGGGGAAAUGUUUUGUUUCACUGAAGUGCCCCUUUUCCCCUCUAGAUCCCCGUCUUGGCAGAUGGGAUUCGCAUCCACGGGGAGAAAGCGACGGAGCAGCUGAAGCCCUUACACAACCGUCUGGUUACUUGUUUCCAAGACCUUCGGGAGAAAGUAGAGAAGCAUUACGGCGUCAUAACCUUGGUGCGUUGCCAGCCUCAAACUCGAUUUAACCUAAGAGGGUGCCAACUUAAGCUAUUGGCCCUCUUGCCUUCCUAUCAAACGCCUCUCAUUCAAAGCAGUGUACAUUAUAUUAGCGCAGGACCGUAAAUCCUCCUCCAGCCGGUGCAUUGCAACCUCCGAGUUUUGCUUGUCAUUGUGCUCCUCCUCUGCCAAGAUUCCCUGAUGACGCUUAAUCCCAUUUGUGUGUCCCAGCCCUGCUCGCUCACUGAGAGGAAGAAGGGUCGCGUGGGCUCCGUGGUGAUGCCCUACAUCCUGUCCUCCACUCUGCGUCGCAUGUCCACCAUCUCAACCCUCUCCAACGCCUCCUCGGGCCUCUCCAGCGGCUCUGCGUCCUCAGACGGACCCUCCCACGUUUCCUCCCACGAGUCAGUCCCCGUCUCCUGUCCUUGUUUCCUUCGCUUUGUCCCUGAAUGUCUCCUUCUGAAGAUAUUGUGUUUACUCUGAAUUCAUCUGUUCAAAUCAUAAAGAAAUAUCCGUCUGUCUGUCUUUACGUCUCUUUUCUUUGUCUCUGAUUGUUCACACGCAGUUCCUUGUUGUCCCGUCCCAGUGAUCGCAGGGCGUCUGUCUUGGAAGACAACAGGAUCGCUCGAAAGAACAGGAAGGAGUGGAGUGUGAGCAAAUCCCAGGUCCUGCUGGAGAGGCAGUCGGACGUAGAUGAGGCAUGAGCAUGUUUUUAUACACAGAUAUGUUUUGUGGUUUUCAUUUCCGCGUCCAGGAAUCUUCGAGCCAUAUCAUCCCGAUAUUAAGCUGCUGUUAUUCAGCUGUGAAUUGGGACUCCAUCAUGCUUCACCGUCUCACGCAGAGGCUUAUGUUUUUGUGUCCUGAUUUUCAUCAGACUCCUCCGGAGAGACAGCCGAGGCCCAAGAGUUUACAAUUAGGAGACCGGCGGCUCACCCUCUCCUUGUUUCAGGGCGUUUCAUCCCAGCUGGGCCUGUCGAACCCCCUCAGCCCGUUACCUGCCUCCCCACACACGCCACGCACGCCCCGCAGCUCCAGUAUGUAACAAAUAUCUUUGACAAACACGGCGCUGCAUGUCAUCUCUUUUAUUUCCUCUUUAACGUCUUUCCUUUCUCUCACGUCUGCCAACUCUGUGAAAGCACUCUCAGUUUAUUCACCUAAUCAGGUCACACACACUCACACACACACACACACUCAGACGAACACACACACUUAUCCACAUAUGCUUGCAGUCUGAAAGGCUUUAUUUCCUCUCCCCUGUGGUAGGUUAUUCAUCACUUCUCAGUGACAAUGAUGUCAAUACCAUUGACACCCCAGGGACCCCCCCACCCAUGCCUCCGAAGAAGCACCCUCAUGAGAUUGACAACCCCGGGUUCCCUUCAGAGGUAUGGCUGCUCGAAGGAAAUAAGCGCCCGCUCUCUAAUGCAUAUUUAAUGGCGUGUAAACGUUAAAAUAUUCAGUUUUUUUAUUUCAUUUGAAGCCCUGAACUUUCUUCUUCUCUUUCCCCGCAGUUCACUCCUCCUUUACCGAUGAAAAUCGAGAGUAAGCCUCCUCCCCCGCCUCCAAAAACGCGAAAGUCAAUGUUCCCCUCGUACGAGCACCCACCACACUAAAGCUGCACCCACACGCAGGGGCCUUAAGGUUUCACUAAAUCCUCAGUCUGGCUGAGCGCAGUUUCAUUUGUGGCGCUCUGGAAACGCCACAGUCGGGCACAGAUGCAGGACCGUCUACGUGGGAUGUUUGCAAAAAAUAAUCCGGGGAGGAGAGAGAGAAAUUUUUCUGAUGCAAGUCACUAAUAAUUCCAGCAGGCCUUUGUUCUCCAGUUUUAUCUGUUGUUUUGCAAUUAAGCUGCAAGAAAGAGUCCAUGUGGGGUUAUUGUUGUUGGAGGGUACCACUGUGCAGAAAUGAAAUAUGAGUGUGCGUGUGUGAGGUCACCCCUGCCUUGGAUUCAGCAGCGUGCCUUUUUCAGCCGUAAUGAUGAAACCCUGAUUAGAUGCUUGUUUUUUUUUUGUCUUGAGUCAGUUUUUUGUACAGAUUUUAUCUCUCGCAGGGAAAAGAAUGACCAAUGCUGCAACGAUAUAUUUUUAGCUUUUAUCCUAUAAUGGAGUGACACUGGAUGACUUGUUUCCCUUUAGCUGUUUAAAGGCAUUCCUAACCGACGUGUCCGAGCUGCAUUAGAAACACGACAAACUUGAUUCAGAGCAGGGAAAACAGUGUAGAGAAUGUAAGUGUGACGAUGACGAUGGUUUUUAAUUUUACUUUGAUCAAACCGGUUUUUACUCGGAGAGACACUGGAUGGCAUUACUGAAUGUGUACUUAUUUAACCUUUUUCCUGAUGAUUAUAAUGAUACUGUAACUGCUGCUCUCAGACUGAUCACACUGAUGCAGGUGUUCAUCUGGAGCGAGUUUGAUUUAAAGGAACAGUCCAACAUUUUUGGGGAGGUGUGCUGUUUUCGCAGGGAGUCAGCGGAGGAGGUUGAGCCUGCUCUCAUGUCUGCAUUGUAAAUACAGUACGCGGCGGGAGUAAGCUAACCGCUAACUCAAAAGGUAACAAUAUUUGCCUCCCAGCUCAGAGGCUCGCUAAUUAACAUUCUUUAUCUUAUGUAAUUAAAAUGGUAAAAACACGUGUGUAAUAAUUACAGUUUGUGUUUUAACAAGGGGGGAUUUGAGCAGCUGCUAGGCAACCAGUCCAGACGACUAAUUAACGCUCCUGGCCGCAUCAGAGUGCGGCAAGAAACGGCGUGCAUGUGUGUAAUUUAGAUGCUGGAUGGUGGAUUUUAAUGCACUCAGUCAGAUCACAGGUGGACAUACAGGUGUCCCGAUUGUAUCAUGCAGGCCUCAUAUGAAGUUGGUGGUAUGAGAUGCCUUUGUCCACUCUGGUCGGGCUCAUAUGUCAAGUACCUCCCACUCUCCCUGUAUCCGCGGCAACCUUCAGGCAGAGUAAUCGCCCGCCCUCCUCCCAUACAUGACAGAUUCAAUAUUACUCCUCUGUCCUGUGAAAACCUCAUUUUUAAUCAUCUCCUCAGUCACUCCUGCAUGUGAGGAUGUCGUUGGACAAAGAAUAUACGAGAUGCAGCGUCCACAUUCAUUAUGUAAAGGACAGUAUUUCAUUUACUCCACACACAGGAUGAUUUUUGCAGAGGAGUGACGACCCAUCAACAAUAAUCCAUCAUAAUUUAGCUCGUAUCGUAGCUCUCACUUUGUCUCGAAUACGACUUGAAACCAUUUGUUAUCAUCAGUGUUUGAAAGUCUAAUGAAGUCGAUUGAGACGCCGCGAUAAUUUACAUGCGAAGAGGGAACGCGAGAUCAGAUCGUAAGUAGUCGCUGGAGACGCGUUUAGAGACACACGACGAUGAAAAAGUGAACACUUGUACUUGAUUAUGUCUACUUGUGAUCUGAUCAUUCAUUUGGGAAAUUAAUAUCCAAAUCCUGUAUUAAUUGAAAACAGUGCAAUGAAAACAUAUCGUAGACAAAGACAAGGAAAAGCUUUUCAUUUGAAAUCUGAUGUCACCAACACGUCUGCAAAAGUUUGGACAGGGACAUGCUGACCUUUGAGUUUUAUCCCCUCUCCUGUAAACAACACUGUAAAGUUUGAGGUCCUAAGGAGACCCGUUUCUGGAGUUUUAAAAGUGAAAUACGGUCCCAUUCUAGCCUGAUACAGGAUUUCAGGUGCUCAUCAGUUCUGGGUCUCCUUUGUUGUAUCUUUUCUUUUAUGACCGCCUCGUAUUUUUCAGCGGGUGACAGGUCUGGACUGCAGGCACCCUGGACUGUCUCCUACAGAGGAUGUGGUUUGGCAUUGUCUUCUGGAAUAUCAUGGCAGCACAUGUCGCUCCUAAAGUUUUACCUUUUGUUCUGUAUUAGUGGAGCCCAGAUGUGUCCCUGCCUUUUAAACUGAGCACUGAUAACAAACCAGGGGUCCCUCCUCUAGCAUCCAUGACUUUGACUGGUCAGACCUGUUUUUGCAAUUUAACACUGAAGAAGAUGAAAUUGAACUAUUAGCUCACACAAUCUGCUGCAAAUUAACCUAAUCAGCUGGUAGAAGUUCCUCCAGGUGUUUUAUCAGUGUUACAGCAUUUCUUUAAACAUGUUGCUGGCAUCAAAUUUAAAAUGAAAAAAAUAUUCUUCAUGAAAUAUUCCAAGUUUUAUAUGUCUUAAAAGUUGAAUCUGCACUUUUGACAACUGCUGAAAGGGUUAAAAUGAUUUGCAAACCAUCACAUGUAGUUUUUAUUGAGAAUUUAGACAGCUUCCCGACUUCUUCAUAUGUCAAAACUAGCAAACAGGCCACUUGCAGAAGUUUUGAUUCCCUCUUAUAACUCCCACCUGGAAAGUAAAACAAACACCCUUCCCAAUUUUCCGGACUGUUCCUUUAAAGACCUUUUUUUAAACUCUGUACGGUACAAGCAUUAAAGCCUUGAAGUUCACUUUAGUUAAUAAUUCAGGUGUUGGUAGAUUAGCUUUUUAUUUUUGCGGUUAAUUAACUGAAUUUAAAUUAUUGUUAUUGGUUGAAUAUCUCCAUUGUUUUGCACACUAGCUGUGUACAGAGAUGGUUUACUUUAAUGCAGCAGAAACAAGUCUAAUAUCGGUAUAGCCUUACUUUUUUAAUUGUAGAAAAACUAUAUUUGCACCUCCAAUCUAUGCAUGUAAGCUGUUUUUACAAGAUCAAAAUGAGAUGCUUAUUAGGUGUCGAUAUUCAGAUUUAUUUUUACAUUUCUAUGUUAAUUUUUUUUACAAGGGAUUCACGUUUUUGUACAGUACACAUUUCCUAACAAGCAUCAGAGACAUUUUCUACAAACAUUGCCUCAAGAGGUGUAUAAUGAUCUUUUUUAUGAACAAGCUGUUGUUGACUGAACACAAAUAAAAACUUUAUGAAAGCGCCGACUCUCAUUAUGUGGUGACAUUGAUUAUUUCAGAAAGGCAUCUUCAUCUCUUAACUACGAUCCUGUCAGCUGAGUGAAUACAGAUUACUCUCCGUGCCCUCGCUGGAGAACUCGCUGACAUUUGGAUGCUGCUGAUAGCCAGAAAAAUUACCCAUGCAAGCUCAAAACAUCCAACAAACUGGCAUGAAGCUGGUGAUUUAUGCAUUUCAAACUCAAUUAGAGUAGGAGUAAGAAAAGAGAUGCCUCUGACGCCUGAGCUUUCUGUGGAGGGGAGGAGUUUAGGAGAUGUUUACAGGAGUUAUGUGAAGGGUGCUGGUCUUGCUAAUCUGGAUUGUUAAUGGCUUGUUCCUUCCUGUCAGGCAGAGCAGCCCAGGAUAUCACUCUGCUUCCAAGUCUCAGGAGCAAUAACUAUCUGAAGUGCGCGGCUGCCUCCAUGGAAACGCUCUCCAUACUGUGGAGAUGUUUACAGCCUCCUGAUGUAAAGAAGCAGAGGACAUCAAUCACAGCCCUCUCCCUCCUUUCAGCCUGCAUCCUCCACUGACAAUAGAUGCUUGACACAUCUGUGUCUAAAUUUAAAUUGUUACACAGUUGGAGGCUGUAAACACACACAGGGUUUCCAUACCUUUACACUAGAUGCUACAGCACUGGGGUGUUUUCUGCAACACUAAAAUAGACAUAUGGUUGUUUACAUACAGUUUUACUGCAAGAUUUUAGGGGCAACUUUGUUUUUUCUGCCACUUUAAUUGAUCGCAGACACACUUUUCAUAUCACUGCACUAAUGAGACAUAACUUUAUGGCAGUAUUUGCUUUCUGCUUUAAAAUAUGAGACAAAAUGUGCAGAAUUGCUCCGUAUAAGUAGUUCUGAGUGAGUUUGGCUCGUGAUAUUUGGCAAAGAAAACACUGUCUGGUUAUGUGAAUGUCUUUGUGUUGUUAUUAGCUCCACUAAAGAGACAUUUACUCACUAAACCUCUCAGUUGGCUGGGUCUAAUAACUGCUUAAAGCCUAAAUAUGUAACGUUUUUAAAGCUUUUACCAAAGAAAAACAAACGUGAAAUAUUAGAGAAAGGCCAAAAAAGAAGAAAGUUUGUGCGUCUUCAUCAUUUUUGUUGCUACAUUAGGAAAUUUGUGACCCCUGAGAUGAAUGUGGUGACCCCUUUUGCGGGGUCAGGGCCCUAUGUUUGGAGCCAGGGGACUGAACUACCCGGCUGUUUACUCAGUAGUGACAGUUAAUUAGCUCCACAUGGAUGAGCUGCAGACAAAAACUGCUGCUUUUACAUGAAUGCAGAAGAGCUUACAACCAGAGCUUAAUUUGGAAAUCGUAAAGGUGCCAGAACGCAGAGUACAUAUGACCACUCAGGGAUGACGAGACGGGCACAGGUCGCAGAACAUAUAUAGAAAAAGAGCUGAAAACAACAUGCAAAUGCCCACUUUCCACGCUGUGGGACUUACAAAACUCAAUUUCAAAUAUCCAUGGUAUAAAUGUUUCGGAGACAAUUUACAAUUAUUUAAGGUAGGGCUGGGGGAUAAAACAACAACUAUAUCGAAAAUCAAUUUCCCUCAAUAUCAAUUUAAAAAAUGGUCAAUAUGCUUUUCAAUAGUCGCCCUUCUACCAUGUUUUGGUAGACUAUACGAAUAGCCAAUGAAAAGGGGAGUUGAUCCAGGUCCGCUUCACGCUGAACCAAUCAUGUGCUGAAUUAGAACCAAGUAGCAAAAAAACUACGUAGUAGCAGACAGCAGCCACACGCAAACAUAGAACUUUAACAGGUGAAGCCGACAGCACUGUUGGUGAGAAAAAAGAAAAUAAGUGCUACCCCCGUCAGAAAUGAUUAUGAAGGCUCAACAGAUGAAGACAUCGUCGACAACACUGUUACGAAAGCGUCAGUGGUGUGGUGGUAUUUUGGUUUCUUGAGGUCGGACAUGAAGCAGAGUAAUGUGUACUGUAAAUUAUGUCGAGUACAUGUUCUCGCAAAGUUGGCGAGUAUCACGCAGCAGAGCAUGAGCAAUACAAAAGGUUACAAACGAGAGGAGCAAGAAGCCCAUGGCGCCUGUGCGGCCGAAACAGCCGAUCAUUCAGUCCACUUUCUCUAGAGCAACGCCUUACGACAAAGCGUUGAAGAGACACAAAGACCUCACAGAUGCAGUAGAUUAUUGUAUUGCAAAAGACGUGCUCCCAAUAAGCACUGUUAAAUUUAAUCUUUUAUAUCGUGAUAUAUAUUGAUAUCGACUGAUAUGAAAAAAAUUAUCAUGUUAAACUUUUUCCCAUAUCGCCCAGUCCUAAAUUAAGGCUCUACUAUAAAUUACUCAAAUCUUCCAUUAUAAUUGUUAUUCAAAGAUUUGCACGGCGGCCUCUUGAUAGACAUACAACAGUACUCACAUCACAAGCAUGUCCGGAUUCUCCUCCUCCUCUUUUUUCGGGUUUUACUCCGUGUGUCUGUGGAAGUUCUGUGUCCUUUAACCACCCACGUCCCACAGUCCUCUGCUCCUCCUCAGUCCGCUCUCCUCUCCCUCUCAAUCUUCCUGCUGUAAACCUGCUCAUGUCGCGGUUAUCGCCUGUUGCUGGUCCACCUGACUGACUGCUAGCCCUGUAGCCGGCUCCUGCUCCGGCUGGCGGUGAACCUAACCAGCUGCUGCCGCGGUACCCGCCUCCUGCCCCGGCUUGUCUAGCUGUCGGUGAACCCGGUUAGCUGUUGCGGCGCGAGCCUCCUGCUGCAGCCGGUUUUGACCGGUAACGUGACCACCGCAGCUUAUGAACGCUUUUCAGACUUGUUCUGAAGUGUUAAGAAACUCCUUUUAAAAAAAAGACAGUAAAGUUAACUGUCUUUUUGACAUGUUUUUGUAAAAUUUUAACCGUUUUUCCUCUCUGUUUCCCCCUCAGGUGUGUGUGGCGAAUUUCAAAUAUUUUUUUUCUGCGGAAGGGGGCGUGGUUCGUUUGCCCGUCUUUUCAUAAAUCUUACUGAACAACAUGAAAUUCUUGGAUUUUUUUCUGUAUAUUAAUAUAUGCAUGUUAUUAUUUCAUUUUAAACAUUUUUAUAUGUUUAUUGUUUUUCUUUUAUGAGAGGUACCGGAUCGCGAUAUUUUUUUUCCGUAGGAUGGUAGGGGGAAGGUCCCGCCUUCUCCACCUCUGAUUGGCUAGAUUCCGCCUUUUUCGCCUCUGAUUGGUUAUUCCUUGUGGCUGUGAAACGUCACGACACGCUCGAUUUGAGCGCGGGCUACGGCGGCCAUCUUACUCCAGUACACCAUUCUGGUACGCUCCAUGAUAGCUGACAGAGGUGAGUAAUCUGCAUGAUCAAAAAUAUUCUUAACUCGCUGAAAUCUUAACAGAUUUACAAACGGUUUUAUUUAUUACAGACCUCAAUAAUGUGGCUAUGAGUGAGGAUGCUUGGACAUAUUAAAAUGGCAGAUUUACUUAAAAAAAAAAAAAACACAGUUGUUUCACAGCUAUUUGCGCGCAAGGGCUAACUUUGAGUCACAAUGCAUGAGUUGUUAGGGCUGAGACCACAAUCGAUAUUUUAAUUUCUUGUAUGACAGCCUAUUCUUUAACUUUUCAAUUUUGUCCAAGUGACCAUCUUUGUGGAUGUGCUUGUGUUUAUCAGCUGUCUAACUUGGCUAACAGACUCGCUGUGACCAAGUACAUGUUGCAAUGUUGACCCAGCAGUUUUACAUCAGUUAAAGAGGCAGAAAUGCUCUUUUGAUUCAACAUAACUUACGUUGCACAUGAUUCCCAAGCUGUUUGGUUUGUUAAAAACAUCUAAAAUCGCAACAUGAGGUCAUUUAUUUAUUUAUGUUAUUAUAGUUAUCCCUAUAAUAGAAAUAUUACAAAUAUAACAUACAUGGAAUGAUUAAAUGUUUUAUAUAUAAAUGAUUUAAUAUAACUGCCUUGUGUGUGUAGGCCUAUAGCUAUUGCUCUGAAUAUCUGCUUAAUGUUUAUUUAUGAAAAUCCAUGGUUGAAAUUAUUCUUGAGUAUGCAGAAACAUAACUAAAACUCUGAGGUUUGUUACAAUUGGUUUAAAAUCAAGCAAUCUAUGGUUAUUUAAAUGCUACAUGCACCAUAGACUGUAAUGUUAUAAGUGGGCGAGUGUCCUGUAGCUAAAUGGCCGCCAAGUGUUUAUAUAUUUUUAUGCUGAAUCUGCCCAAAUAAGUACCAGAACACAGGGAGGCCAACAUUAAGGGGUGCCGGAUCUUGUUCCAGCAGGAUCCGGCUCAAAUUAACCCCUGCGUACAACCACAAAAUAUCAUACGGGGAUCAUGCUGUGUGUCGGGCUGUGAGGAGAAAUGUUCCUGCAGUAUUUUCACUUGUUGUUUGUACUUUUACUCAAAGUUUUAGUGCCCCUUUAGUUGUUUGAGGAGCACCCUCUGUCAGGACAUCAAACUCUCCCCACAGGGUUACCAUGGCGAUAAAAUAUCACACUUCUAUUACUGCCAUACUUCUGAGUAACUGGGAAAUAAAACACCACCACCAGUCAAAUAGAGGAAACUAGGCUUUUAUUUUGAAGUAUUCUGUUUCUGGUAGCUUAUAAAUAAUGUAAGUGAAUAAAAGCAUUUUAAAGAACUGUUAGACAGUAAAAAUGUUUAAUUGAUAAGAAACAUGAAGAGGCACAAGCUCGAAUGGGUUUAAAUUCACAACAAAUCUUAAGAUGUCAGUUUUUAAGAGUAUCAAAUAUUCUGCUGAAGCUACAGCUGCUUCUUCUUCUUCAUCUCUCCUUCAUUUUUGUGAGUGUGACAUCCGGCGUAAAUAGACUCACAAUAUUCCUAGAUGGUCAACACUAUUAUCUGUACAUUACAGCUCUUGAAGCAUUUCUGCACAGGAUCAGGAAGAGGCAGAUAUCAGAUUUGUCAACAGCGAGCAACACAGAUGAGAGUCGCUUUGAAACUGAGGUUGUCGGGGCUGUAAGAGCAAAACAUGAAAAUCUGUGAGUCGACACAGCUUUAAAAACAUCGCGUUUUCACCUCUUCUUCUUUAUUCAUAAAGGCUGCACAGGAGUGAACUUUUUAGCACUCUUCUGUCUUGUUUUUAGUAACACAAAGGGCUACAGCAUGCAUAAUUAGUUAACUUUGGGGCUCAGGUGGGCGAGUUUGAGAAAACCAGAGACACUCAGCCACAGCAGCUUCUUUUUACCUGAAUUUAAAUAAGUCUACGGUUAUGAGGAGUCAACAUUUCAAGUGUGGCUCCCACGAAUCUUUGGGCUUUUUAAGUAUCUUUUAAGAGUCUGUAUCCAUAUUUAAGAGUUUCAGGAAUUAAAAACUGUUGGAGGUGGUCCGUCUUUGUCUGUUUCAUCUUCAGCAGCUCAAAGAUACGAUGAAAAACCUUCCUCCCUGCUGUCGCCCCCUCAACAAAAAUGCAUAAUAUUCCAUAGUGAGGAUUUUCACUGACACUGGCCACUAUUUUACAAUAUUCAGCCAUCAUGUCACACCCUGCUCCCUCAGCUGGAAUGAGAAGUACAGUGGGGAUGGAAAUCGAAGCCUCGGUACGGCUUAAUUCCCCUGCAUCAAAGGAAGUUCUGGCCUUUCCUACUUUGUCCAUUUAGCAGCCGGAGGGAGUGACUCUGUGUGUGGAGAGGGAUUAGCUGCUCUAUUGUAUCUCUGCUUUGAACCUCACUAGGUGGUGCCAGAGGGUGUGAACUGAUGGAGCAUUGCAAAGAGGUCCAGUGCACUUCUGUAAACCUCUAUUUACUCAGGGAAGGUUUGCUCGGCCUGAGUGCACUCUGGCGGGAACACGCACACACACGUACACAAACACACAGCGCUGCAAUUACACACAAAAACACCUGGGAGAUGUCGAGUACAGGUCUGCACACCUCCGUUAGGGACAGAUGAACACAUCCAGGGGAGAAAAGUUGUGAUUUUAAGCGCCUUUUCCCUCCAAGUGUAUAGUUUUCCUCCUCAGACCGCUGCAGGAGUUUUGACUGGCAAGCGUCCAGUUUUCGCAGCCACUUUUGUCCUCCUGUGCAGCUUAAAUCUCUGCAAACCUGGCUGAGAAAAUUCUCAUAAAACCUCUGUGAUGCUAACAAAAAAAGGAUUCAGGUUGUGAGUACUUUCUUGUUUUAUUAAUAUGUUCUGUACUCUCACCAGUCACAUGUAUUUUUUAAGCAUUUUUAGAUGGGGGUGCAGAGUUGCAUCACAUCCAGGCAGCCAUGCUGGAGGAUCUAUCUUACAGGCCUGACUAUUAUUUGUUUCACUAAAAUAUUAAUAUUGGUCGGAAAGGUCUGAUGAGUGUGUGAUUGGGAUGGAAAGCAGGUUACCUGACCGCUCUUAUCUGUCUAACAGCUCCUGAACCGCUCUUUCAUCUGCCGCAUUGAUGUAAGACGUUGUAAUUUAUGGUGAUACAGCAGGACAGCAGUCAUUACCGAAAUUGCUAGCACAAAAGAUAAAAGAAAAGUUUCUGCAGAGUUUUUAAUAAGUCUAGACAAUGACAAAUUGAUUUCAGCUCAGAGAAACUCCAGCGUGAGCAAAUUGUGCUCUCAGUUUUUUACUUUUGCAGGAGAGCUGGAUUUGGCCUUUUGUUCUGGCACCUUCAGACACGACAAACACGGGAAUACGUCCAUGCUGAUGUUGAACUCGUGGAUGAGAGCCUUCCAGAAAGGCUUCUUCCCGUAGAUCAGCACCAUGGCGGUGACGGUGGUGUAAACUGACGUGAAGAAGAACGUGAGCAUGAUGAUGUUCUCGUGUUCAACUGCGAUCUGGUAGUUGACGUACAGGUCGAUGAUGAGGAAGAGGAUGAAGACAGCCACGAGGGACAGAGCCAUCCGGAUCACCCUCAUUUGUGAGCCCAGUUUAGGGGCGUGGGCUCCGUUGGUGCUGGCUUUCAUGUGGCGCAGGUGGAUGGCCAAGUGGGUGGAGAUGGAGAUGCAGCAUUUUAUCAUGAUGAGCCCCGGCAGGACAUCAGAGACGAUCAGGUAGAGGACUUCGUAGACCUUACCGGGGAGGGUGUCAGGCAUUAUCACGCCGCAGUCCUGGUUGGCUGUGGUGUGGUUAUCAGGGUGGAACACCACCAUCAUGGGCAUGCACGUACCCAGGCCGCUCAGAGGGAUGAGAAACACGGCUAAAGUGACGUGUUUGAGGAUGACGGCCUGGAUGUUGGUGUAGCAGUUGUUGGGGGUGGUGACCAGCUUGGUGCUGUAGUAAAACGUCAGGAAGCUGCUGUCCCACAUGAUAGUGAACUUAAGACUGAAGACCAGCAGCACCAUGAUGGUGUAAGGGAUCUGGACGAUGCGGCACUUAUGGUCCAGUUCGUCCAUGGUCAUCCAGAAGUAGCAGAUCAGCUGGUGGGCAAUGCUGGCGAUGGACAGAGCCACGAUGAUGGUUUCACUGGGACUCCACUUGUUGUUCUUUUUGUAGUUCCACAGACUCAUCAGCAGGAUGUAGCCGUUAAAGAAGACGGUGGUGACGCCCAGGAGACCCGUCAACGCCCAGAGCCCCACCUCAGCUCCACUGUACAUGAUUCCAGCUUCACUAAAAGCACAUCUGCACCAUCAGACUUCCUGGGAAUACGUUCAAACCGUUCCCUCAGUCGUCUGCGUGGGGUUCUGGAGUGUUUUGUUGAUGCCGUGUUCAAAGAGAUGACAAAAAGGCAAAAAAAAGGAUGAACACACACUCCCAAACAGAUGAUUCCUCUUUUCUGACUCAGAAUAGAUUCAGUCACUCUUUGUCAGCGGAUCCUGAGGGGGGAGAUUCACAUAAUUAGCUUUUAGAGGUACAAAAACAGACAAAAAUACGCUCUUUUGAAAUCUUGUAUCAUGGUUAAAUACAUGUGAAAUCUUCAAUUUGGGUGGCUGAGCACAAAAACAUGCAAAGGUAUGAAGGUUACAGGGAGACGCAAGUUUCAAUUUUACCUCAGAGGGAGUUCUUGUACGGAGGAGGAAGAGGCUCUUCAUCUCUCUGAACCUGACUGACAAUCUCUGCCUGCGAGUCGUCACAAUUGGAUGUCUGACUCGACACCUUUGGCUGCAGUCGCAGAAAUCCUUUUGUUUUCUUCUCGUUUGUUUAUCUUACCAUUAAUCCUCCCCUGAAGUUGCGUGCUGGAUCACACACCAAGGUAAAGUCCUGGGAUUUGUUCCUGGGCUGGGAUUUAUAUACCGCCGUUAUGGGUUUGAUUUGCAUCAGUUAUGACCACAGGUUGUGGUGUUGGGAGUAUUUGCACGCACACACACGCAGGAUAUGUCCUGGUGCUGUGACUUUACUGUGUGUCAGUCAAUGCAGCGUGGCAGCUCAGGCCACACGCAGCCAAACUCUGCAUGCAAAUGCUUAUUCCUGUUGCUUGGCCACAAAUUUGAAAACCUCAGACCAUACACACACUCACACAAACACAAACACACACACCUAUUUACCUGAUAAGAAAAGCAAAUAACCUCUGAAUCACCUUCAGGAGGUUUGCUAAUGCAACAGCUUAUCACUGUAGUCUGAGCUGAGGAGGACACCGACUUUGUACACAGACUCUUAACAAGAUGACUUGACCGAUGUUUUAAUUUCCCAUCAUUCAGACGCUUUUGUUUGCUUGUUUAAAGUCAAUGUUGUUACAAACACUUGAUGUAUCCAAGGGUGUGAUAGCACAUUAUCAUAUUAAAAAUCUGGCAUUUUAUGGGUUUUUUCUUGCUACCAAAUCAGUGACAUGACCUCUGAAAUCUGUAUUUAAAGGAUUAAAAAAUUCAAAGUUUUGAUAUAUUCAGUAUUUUUGAUCUGGACCAAUCUUGAUGAAGAGAUUUAAGCAAAAAAAAAGAAAAAAAUAUUUAUCGGAUAUGUUUUUACAGCAGCGAAAGUUAGUUGCUGCUUGAGAGCAAAAGAGAGUAGAAAAAAAUUAAAUCCAAUGUUGUGCAAAAAAUAAUUACAGAAUUACAGUUCCUCACCAAAAAUGAUUUCACUCCUUCUCAAAAAAGUUGAAGUUUAGAUUCAAAAUGUUGCGAAUAGCGUCCCCUACUGGUCAAAAAAGCCACAACACGACACAAGGGUUAACCUCCAAUCAUGCAGCGCCACAGAUCCUUAUUACAUCACGGAAAAUUAUCGCUCUGAUCUCAUGCGUAUCAUGUUGCACAGUUGGGUGUCCAUGUUUAACCUUCACGUAACAUCCGAUGUUAAUUGCUGUCCUUCCUUCCUGCAGUUCCUUUCAGCAGUCGAGUUGAAAGUAUGAGCGUCGUUCCCUUUGUUCAGCACUUUGUUGAUUCAGAACAGCUUGGAAAGUUUCUCCUGUGGGUCUGUGUUCAGUCCAGAUAGGUUUUCACUUUAAUGAGUGCUUCCAGUGGAUCUGCUGCAUUGAGUUUCUAAUCCGUCUCUGCUCCAGCAACCCGGCGCCCUCUGCAGCAGACACGCACAGCUUCUGUUUUUGCCAGACGCCGGAGAACGAUGCAUCCAUCAAUACAGAGCAGGUCGAGAGGGACUGAAAGUCAGACAACGGAGCAACAUCUGCUUGAAUUUCAAAAUGAAAUGCUGAGUUGAUGCCAGAUCAUGAUUUUCUUUAACGAUGUCACCAAAGUGUCAGCGUCAGUGCGCCCCGCUGUCAGGUCAGAGGUCGUCAGAGCUCAUCAUGGACGUAGAAAUUUGUUGAUUCUGCAUUUAACCCAGGAAACCCCACAGACCGGUGGUUCUGCCUUCUAAAAAUGUAUCUGUUAGGCGGUGAUGGAAGAGGGGGCACGCAGCCAAACAAGAUUGGCAUGCAGACAGACCAAAAGACGGAUCUGGAAGUUUGGCACAAGUCUUCUUUUGGCUGUGGCGAUAAGUCAAAGCUAGAAAACUCUUUCCAAAGAUGAAGGCACCAGAUAAUGGUAGAAAGAUUUUAUGUUUUUGGGUCAGCAACAGCCACAGUCAGUGCGCGCACAAAUACAAGCACCAGGCAAGAAUCGACUCAUUGACAACAGCUUUUGACAGCCGGUUGACCUGUCACGUACCGAACAUGUUUGUAAACGGUGAGUUGUACAUCAAACAAUGAAAACAUCGUCACCUUUUACAGCUCUGUACCUUUUUCACUUUUUCUAUGACAGCUUCCUCUAUUUUUAGGUCUGGAGGUUUUGUUUACCACUCGACUCCUUAACAACACAUUUAUGCCGUUUAACUUAUGUAUCAGAGCUCUGUAUCGAAGAAGAACUUUUAGGCCAGUUUCUGGUUGGAUUGAGCCGUAAACAUCAAAGGGAAAACCGUUCUCCAAACACAUGAUCCAGGUAUGUUAGUCCGACCAUGUGAAGCUCAAUUUAAUGCCACCCCUGUAUUUAAGAGUCCAGAUCCUGCCGCUUCAGUCUGAUCUCGAUUUGAGUCCCAACUGUUACUGAAACCUGGAGCUGUUUACCCAUUAAAACCUUCAUGAUGGUCUUUAAGGUUGUUCAGUCCCACUCCGAAUUGUUUUUUUACUACUUAAAGUGUUCUCAGUGGUCUUUAAACUGUUAUUAUUCUGCCAGAGUCUCCGGUAGUCUUCGUUCAAGUCUUCAUUUGGCAGUCGUGGCCAGAAGAGGAUUCAGACAAUUUUCCGUACUUUCUGGUUGGUUUCUACUGUCCGAUAUUGUAGCAUGCUAACUUUGUUUGGACUCGUGAAUGUUAUUCGAGGGCGUGGAGCUUCCCUCACAAUACAAGGGAGCAGCGUCUGCCUCUCAACCAAUCAGGUCGGGGAGGUGGAGAACGGAGUGGACCGCUCAAAAAAUCAAAAAUGUUGACCACACAGGCGUAAGGGAACACAGCGAUAUUGUGAUGUUCCCAAAUGUCAUCAAUAACUAAUAGCUAUUGACUGAAAAAAAGGAUGCUUCUCUAAUGGAUUCCUGCCUACCCCACCUUUAAUGACUUCAGAACUGUGUAAAAUGAAGCACCCACAAGUUGUGUAACAGCCAAAAUGAGGUACGUCAGGCUGAAAGUAGUGUUUCCAUGGAUGCCAGUAUUAGAAGUUUCUCUGUAGACGUCUCAGACUGACAUGAUUAAGGCUGAAGAGAGAGUAUAAUAGGUCUCCUGUAAACAAACCUACUGUUAGCCUGUCCUCCCUUCAUGAAAAGCUGAUUUAAAUGUAUCUGUACUAAUUAAUUCUACACUAAAUAACACAAAACAAUCCAGGGCCACAUUUCUAGGACAGAUUCGGCCUUAUUGCACAACAGCACAAAAACACGCCGAGGCUUUCUGAAUUCAGUGUGAGAGGACGCUGCAGUGCAUUUUUAAAAAUAAUUACCAACCCUGUUAGAAGCUCUGCACACCAAGAAAGUUAUUAUUAAAAGAGGAGAUUAUGUGGUUUCACAGAGAAGUUGCCAAAAAAAAUAUUUGUAAUUAAUUAAUGUUGCUGUUCCCUCAUGUUCAGGCACAGAUCAAAAGACAGACUCUUGUACUUACAUAAAAAAGCAUGGAGGAAGUGUCCCUGUGAUGGAUGUGCAACAGAGAGAUAAAGGCACAGACACAACAAAUGACAAGUUUUCAAUUUGUUCAUCGAAGAAGGACAAGAAACAAAGACUGCAGAUGCAAAUACUUCAUGUUUUUGGUGUUUGUGUGUCGGCGGUUAAAUUUUCAUGAAAGUCUUGUCUCAGAAAUGAUGACCUAAAGAGGAAAAUCCGGUUUUUAUUUGAUAUUUUCUCUUCCCUUCAGACAGACAUAUUGUUUCUAUCCACAGGUCAGUCAUUACAGAUGAGUGCAGGGCAGCGCCGGCCCUUUAAGGGAGCAUACUGUAGGAUUUAUUACAAAGGGAACUACAAACAGACACCACGUCCUGCAGCUCUUCCAAUUCAACAUCCACCUUUCAAAGACAGACUGAGGUCACGGCAGACAGGAGGUGGGGCUGUGGGCAUGUUUGUGACUCUGCAGGUUAGUGCCUCAGCCACAAGCUGUUUGACUAAUAACUAGUUUACUGGCUGCUUUUCAAAAACUAGGGAGAAGUACGAGAGAGAAAUAGGCAAUUUUGCAGCGCUUUGUUCUGCAAAUGAAAAAUGUUCCAGGAGGCAAAUACACACCGAGGAUCUGAAGCAAAAACAACUUCACUGUCUCCCAAUUUUCUGACUCAUGAGCAGCUCAAACUUUCUGUUUGUAUUUACCAGUUACAGCCGUGAAAACAGCCAGCAGGCUGUGAAAACUGACACUGUUUAAACAUGUUAAUGCUCAAAGGUCAGAAUUUGAACAUCCAAUAUUUGCAAGAUUGUCAUUCCUUCAUACACCCUUCCACAUUUCUGCCACUAAAUCCUCUAUACAAUGUUUGUGCACCUUUUUUCAUCAUCAAUCAUGAAGUCUGAGUUUGUUUUUUCUUUUUAUACUGAAAGGAAAUUGACGUCUAGUUUUUUUAGACCUGAUUUUAACUGUCUAGAUUCUGGAUAUUUUUAUACGGAAUGUAGAUGUUGCACUUUAACCCAGUAUUCAAUAACUAUUUAUUUCAAAAAUUUCAAAACUGUGAGUUGCAUAACUGAUCUCCAAGUACUUAACCAAGAUAGUUAUGAUAGCCGUUGAGCAAUAUACAGUAUAGUAUAGAUAAAGCCCAGGUUUAGACUUGGUCUAAAUGUAGACAUCUAAAAAACUUUAAUUCUUAGACCUGUGGUAGCAGGAUUUUAGACCAGUCGUCUCGGCUACAUUUAGGUUGCGUUCACACCACCCUCGUUUAGUCCGGUUGAACCAAACCCUGGAGUGUUUACCCCCUUGGUGCGGUUCGUUUGGGUCGGUGUGAACGCUGACCUCGAACUGUGGUGCGGACCAAAUAAACGAACUCUGGUGCGGACCUGAAGAGGUGGUCUCAGACCGCUAUCAAGCGAACUCUGGAUCGGUUCAUUUCUGGUGUAAACGUCAUUCCACACUAAUCAUAGGAAACGCACCACACACGUCAUUAAUGCCUGUCGCCGUCUCGUCUUUAUCCGUCUGUUGUUUGCAGCACAUCUACUCCGGAAGGUAUUAAUCAAUGCCGCAGUUUGUGCUCGCUGGCUAACAAGCCGUUCAUACGCGCGAUCGUCUUUUGAUACGCGCUCCAGAUGAGUAGCAAAAGCAAAAUCAGCCUACGAUGCUCCAUGACAGGCGAAGACAGCAGAGCGGGGUUUGUAUUCCCUCAUAAACUAAUGACCAAUAACUGAACGAUAUUCGUGGUCACGUGACUUCCAGUUCCAUUUUCUGUAGCGAUUGAAUUUUUCCUUUGUGAACGCAAACCGGACCAGUUAAACAAUCAAAAGAAAUGUUUCGUCUUGCCUUGGAUUCAAAUCAGGAAACAGACCUUUAGGUGUGAACAUGACCCUGGACGUCUAAUAGACCAAAUAAUGCUCAGUGAGGUUACAUCCUUGGUCAUGUUUUAAAUGUUAUUCUUGUCUUAUUGUUCUUACAAAUCCAGGACACAAAGCUUGAAUUUGCUUGAAUUUUCCCCCCUGAUGGGUCAUGUGACACUAUCCCUGCAGCUCAUUCUCCGUUCAAACAUCCCUCCGUCUCUCUCCUGACUCUCUUUGGCUUGACCUUUGCAGUAAAGAGAAAAACAAAUCCCUGCGAAAAACAACCUAAAAACAAAAACAAGUUUUAUUUUACACUCACAAAUAUCCAUGAUUUCACAGAGCUACAUAUGCAUCUUUAAAAAAACAUUUAUAUAUAUUUACAUUCUGUACCUUUACAAACACUUAAAAGGAAAUCUGUGUCAGAGAGAUUUACAUUGUGAGAACCUGUUCUUGUUUCCAGCAGUAAUGAAAGAGCUACAGUGCAUUAAGAAAAGUCAUGUUUGUCCAAAGGGCAGAGGUCAGAGGUCAGGUUUGGUAAGAGUCCCCAGUAGUCAAAGACCAGCGCUCCCAUUAUUCUCCACUUUAAAAAACAGCAUAUUGAACUGCAUCACUCAUCAGAUAUAUUAUAUAUUUAUAUUAAACGGAGUAUUUGUACAAAAGUCUUGUGAGGAUAAAAACACUGUCAUAGAGUCGGUUUGUUGUUACACGGGGUAUCCGUAUCUGGGGUCGUAUUUGAGAUCAGCAGGUUUCCCUCCUGCAGUAAUAGACGAUCCUGCGAUACUCCCUCCUGUGUAGACGGCGCUGCGGCCUGACCCCCUGUUCGGCAGGUGGCUCCUCACAGAGCUGUAGAUCACCCCUGGGUGGGUGCGGUACCCCAUCACCGAGCGUAGGCUGGAGUUCCUGCUGGUGGGUCUGCUCUCCGGGGCGGCGGCAUCCUCCCUGAGGAGACAAGUCAAUCAAUAACAGGGUCUCCAGGUCUUAUUAGGAGUGAGUUUCUUUGUUUUUUUUCUGGAUGGGGGGUUUGUUCGCCUUUUUGAGACAGAGGCAGAAAAGAGCUGGGGUGGAGAGCAGGGAGAGACGAGCAGCGAAGAAGAGGACCAGGGAAACACAAUUUAGCUGCUGGAAGAUCUUGGUUUGAAAAUUUAAGACUCUGAGAUCUCUCCAAAUCUCUCGUAGUUAAAAAUGUUUGAAGAGCGAACAAACAUGGUGAACGGCGGGCUGGCUCUUGAGUAUUUCCGACUCCUCCCUUUGUCACUUACACAGCUGUAUGUUUCACUCUCGUGUUGCUGCCACCUGUCAAAAAAGCCGGUUUCUGUUUCCGACAACCAUCACCUUUGUGUUUACUACUGUUGCCAUGGCUACAGUUGCUCUCUUCUUGACUCGGGCAGAUUCGCCCCUGAUACUCAGCUCUUCCUCUCUGUUUGGACAAUGUUGAAGGACACACACUCACAGUGGCUCCGUACAGCGCUCUCAUAGACACACCCUCAAAUCAUCCCUCUCAUUGAAAAGUCCAUUUCGGCGCUCAGCAGCGUCUCUUCACUUCUAUUUAUUCAGUAAGUCCUCAGAAGUUCCUCAUAAAUAUUCUUUUACUCGUGAAGGAGAGUCACAGAUAUUUUUCUUCCAAAGACAAAAGAAAAAAAGUGGAAAGACUGAGAGUCUGUGCGCACCACUUCACUGAUACUCCUUUGUAAACAGAAACCAGAGCCGGCUGGAUUUGCAUCCC